AUGAAAGCUGUUGGAGUCAGCAGAAGGAACCUCAAUAACGCCAUUUCGGUGGGUUAGUUGCGUCUUGUUGUUUCUCGCCCACUGCGCUGCUACCGUUAAAGCCGUUGUAAACGAUGCUGUUGCAUUUAAGUGUAUUUCCUAAUUACGUGACAUGUUUGCCGACGCUUACGCUAAUAUCUAACAUUUGAAUUAAUUGAAACUGCGGUGGCGGUUGGUCAACGAACAUUCGUCGCGUUAAAAGGGUCGAAAAAUAAAAGCCAUAAGAAUUAAACUUCAUUCUGAUCGUUUUAAUAUUGCAAUACAAGACCUUCCAUAAAUGGGCCUUAUUCUCCGAAGCCAUAGAAGAACUGGCUACUGCGAUGAAACAACGAUAUUUUAGUGGAGCGGGCAAAGAGUCAGUUUGACCAAAUAUUUGUUCAAAUGUUAUUGUUUCUGUAUGAAAUAAGUUGACUUUGACGGUAAGAUUAAGUGAUGCGGUCAUUUUUGUCACAAAAGUGAGAGGAGUCCAAAUUAAAAUGUCGCUUUUAGUAUCUCACGACAUAAUGAACCUCGAUCCUUUAAUUGUUUUCUUUGCAACGGAUAGGCAAGGGCAUUUGACAGCAUCCUGCUAGUAGAGGUUUCUGUAUGUAAAUAAGUCAUAUCAUAAGCGAGUGCCAUCCGCAUAUACACUGCUCGAACAGUUUUUUUGCAGUUUAUCCGACUCUGCAUGUCUUCUUAAACUCUGACUUAAUGAAGUCCGACUAACACAUUCACCCCUAGUUCCCCACUUUACAACAGCCUGAAUAGCAACGAAGUUGUGUUUUUUAUUAUUUGUUAUUAUUUCUUUUGUUUUUAGAUUUUAUAUAUGCAAGUAGUAAAACUAUUGCCGAUACAACACUACAUGGCCAGUCUUGGUCCUAUUAGAGAAGACGUUGGUGAGUAUACUGAGGCCUGGAUGAACUAGGGAGCCUUAAUCUCAGCUCACAUUCAUACGGGCAGAAAUGACAGUUGUCUUUACCGAGGGUGCAACUUCUUUGACUGUUCUAAUCAAGCUAAUUGGAAAUUCUGACUUUUAAAGAAAUAUAUUGCUAUAAAACAUCUACAGCUAGUGUAAGUUCUUUUCAAGUCUCUGAAUACAAAAUUAAAUUGAGAUCAUUAUUUUCGUUAUUGUAAUUUUUUGUGUUAUUGGCAUUCACUGAUUCAAAAACAAACAAAAAAAAAACGAAACUUGUUACAUCCGGGAACCACGAUAACAACAACAGAAUAGAGGACUAGCAGGGAUAUAAUGGUAUAGGGCUUGACCUUCCCUUUAUUCCUCGCCUUUCAGUUCCCUAUUCUAACUCCCUUCGAUCUUCCAUUCCUCCUGCUCUGUCUCGCUGGGAGUAGCAGACUUUAAAAUCAUUUAAAUUGGUCAUGGAAAUCGAUUUUAAAACUGCGCUAUAUAGCAAGACCAUUUCAUGCGCAAUCUGUCCUUUUCAGGUAUGGCAAAGAAUACCUUCCCGAAAUGCGUUGUUGUUGUUGUUGUUGUUUGUUUGUCUGUUUUUGUCUCGUUUUCUUUUUCUUUCUUUCUUUUUUUUUUUUUUUUUACCACCCAGCUUUGCAGCAAUUUUAUUGUAUCAAUCACUUUCCUCUCAGCGCUAGAAAGCGACGACAACCACAAAAACAACCGUAUCCGUUUGUUUACAUAACCUCCCAGAGUAAAAGUCUGAUUAUUUUGCUGGGCUGGCCCGGCUUGCCGAGUUUUCUUCCCGAUACUACAUGCAUGAAGAGAGCCAGUUCGAAGUCGCAAUGUGCGCAUGAGCGGUAUGUUGACCGCUGUCCAGUUGCUUGUUUGGUUUGCCUUUCCGGGAUUGGAUAUUGAAUAACUUGCGCAAUUUCCAGCCGUAUUAACUGAUAGACCGUUGACAACUCACGAAAUUACCGCGAUCCCAGUUAACUAGGACGGCUCGAGUUUAAAUUUUCACUAAGUUGAUAUUUUCUGUUGCGUCGCUAACUAACCCUAGAUCUAGGCAUAUCAAGCCAGCUCACUAAACUGGUGCACUCCAGUUUGUAUAAUCAUGCCCUAACUUAAAACAUAAGUGUGAAAAUUUCCGGUGAAAUUGAAUCAAUCAUAAAUUUUGUUGUGCUCUUUAAGUAAUGUCCUUUGAUAAAUAGCGUUGUUUUACCAGAAAAUAACUGGAGAAAAGUAAAAUUGGAUGGAUCUCAUGCAAACUUUGCAGAGGUUGUUAGAAAACUUAAACUGUAACUUUAGAAGUGAGAAAAAAAAUAGUUUGACAAAUAUAUGGACUUAGCAAAAUUAGUAAAAGAGUGUAUUACUAAUUAAAUAAAAAAGGGUUUUAAGCAAAGUGCCACUUCGAGUAUUGCAGCACAUAAGUUACUGUAAUAAUAUAUGAUCAUAAAGGCGACUCAAGCUCUUUUUUAACUGAAUCUUCCGCAUUCUUUGCUUCCGAUUUUUUUUUUCCGUUUUGGCAUCCUAAUUCAGUAUCAAAAUACUUUAAGGGCAAUUUCCACGCGCUUCUUACGGUUUUAAUUAAUAGUACAGUCUACACAGUAAAAGACCAAUGCUUCAAAGUUAACCUUUUCUUUCCAGUAAUUACGAUCUCGAGAUUUUCGGAAGUAACUGUUAAAACGAUGACAACUUUCCCUGUUUUCCAACCAUCUUAGCUAAUAAUCAGAGCUUCUUAUUUCAAAUUUUCAAAACAUCUGUCACGUUAUAAGGUACUUUUAUCUUUGGAGCAAUGACAGCUCAAUUUAAAAAGCAAACAUGUUUACCUUGAGGAUAGAAUAUAAGGGUUUGAUCAUCAUACAGUUAUCGUUCCAAGUGGAGCGCAGGUGAUUUUGUAAUCGGCAAGUCAACAACUGAUCGUUCUUAAAAUCAAGCGCAAUGCAUGUUCCUUUCUAUAUAUCCCUCAUAUUUUUCUUUUGGGGAGCAAAACAAGGUAACCGUUAGGUCAUCGUUCUUUCUUUUCCGCUCGUUUGGGAUUGUUUUGUUUGAUGCAUGUUAAACGUAAAUGUGGCGCUUCACACCAGAAGCAAAUACAAAAGAAGAAAUUAAACGAGUGAUUUUAAAUCUACACUCUAGAGAAACUUAUAAUCGUUUUCUCUCAUUUACAAUUCUGUCUUAAGAAGAUUCAAAGGGAAAAAAUGCAAACAAAAACAAGGAAAGCAUUUUUUUUUUGUACUCGCGAACAAAUUAAACAAACUGAAUGUACUUAUUGAAUAACAAGCAUUACUUAUGAUUUGCACGCGUACUGUGUUGACUAGCUAGAAUACUUUACAUCCCUCCUUUUUUAAUAUUGACUUUUUUCUUAGCAUCAUGUAGCCCUCUUUUCUGCGGGAGGAAAGGCAUGUCAUCAUCCUCACGCAUCGUGGGAGGAACAAACGCUUUCCCCGGUUCAUGGCCUUGGCAAGCCGAAGUAUUGAAACUUGACAAAGACACGAUGAAAUACUCUCAUCACUGUGGCGGGACCUUGAUUUCAAGCCAAUGGGUGAUGACCGCUGCUCACUGCGUCUUUGAAGUGCCUUUUCCUUGUCGUUACAAAGUAGUAUUAGGUAAAAAGGAACGAUAUCGAUUUAUAUGAUAUGUUAGAGCUGGUUUUUUGAUAUACCUAAAAAACACGCUGAGCUGGUAUUACUCAGUACUGAAAUUACUGAGUAUACAAUAAGCUGCUGUCUCUAAAAUAAGGCAAACCGCUUAUAUAUAUACAAGCACUGCGGAAAAUUUGGAAAAAUCUAGGUGUCCAUAUUUUGGGGAUUUCUCUUAAAUUGAGAGUGGCCGUUGGGAAAGAGGUGAAUGAGUGAAAUAUUGAAAGAAAAGACAAAUGAAUAAAAAGUACAUACAAUAAUCGAAGAAUAUAAUAAUAAUAAUAAAAAUAGCAAAAAAUGGAUCAAAUGAUUGGCACGUCAGGCCAAGGAAUGUUAAAUUGAAUAUUCUGCAAAACCUUUUCUGUAACACGAAGUAGAAAAAAAAAUGAAUUUAGUUUUUUGGUUAUAAUUAGAGCACAGUAAAUUUUGUAUGUUUAUUAAAAUCAGUAAUCAUAGUGAACAAAGAAGUCCGGGCUACAACCAUUUCACAAAACCGUACCCUGUAACUACACUUACUCCAUAGGUCAAUAUGACCGCUCAGUGAAAGAUGCAUUCGAAAAAGAGUAUGAUGUCGUGAGCAUAAAAAUUCAUGAAGACUACUGGACCAAAGGAUACGGGUACGACAUUGCACUGUUAAAAUUGAAUGUUCCCGCUUUGGUUUUGCCUGGAAAAGUCUGGCAGGCCUGUCUUCCUGAGCAAGGAAAACGUGUACCGAUUGGAAAGCAGUGUUACAUAUCAGGUAAUUGUAUUAGUAUGGAUACCAUUAACUUUUGUUAAGUAUUGUGAUGACAUUGUUCAUGAUAAUAAUGCCAAUGGCAACAACGACGAUCUCAUAAGUUUCACUAUAAUCACUAUAGAGUGGUUUUCGUUUGAGUGUCGUAAAACCAAAACCAAAGUAAUUACUCUGGCCAAUCACAUAGGACACAGACAAUACAUUGAACCAAUCAAAACUCGAAGUAAUUACAUGUGGCUGACGCAAAGCGCGGGAAAAUGCAUGCGAGCGCGUCACAAUUGGCUUUGGUUUUACUUCUGAUUGGAUGAAAAGGUGGCGCGAAUCUUUUAAGCCAAUCGCAUCGUGUAGAAAGUGCAAAACCAAUUACUUUUCGACACUCAAAUGAAAACCGCUCUAAUCACUAUAAUUUCACUAUAAUCAUCAUCAAGUUCAUCAUCAGCAACGACGACAACAAACUUUAUUAAUAAACAAAUAAAAUUACAGAAUCAUUACCCGCCGCUAGCAAGGCUAUUCGAGGCGAGACAAUGGGUACAAAUUAUGAAAUUAAGACUAAGACUAACUAACGCAAGUUUACAGUUUACAAAUAAAUGAAAUUAAAAUCGUAAUAUGGAUGAGGACUAGAUAACACGAUAAAGAAUGAAGAAUGAAACAAAAAAAAAUAAAAGUAAAAACUACUAAAAAAACAUUUAGUUUUCGACAUUUUUGGUAUCAUCAUAAUCAAAGUCAUUAUCGUCAUCAUCAUUAUCAUCAGCAACAACAUCAUCAUCAUCAUCAUUAUUUUACUCAGGAAGAAGGCUUAGGUGCUGCUUUUCUGGUGAUUUUUAUGUUUUUUUUCCACCUGGACAGGUUGGGGUAAAACUUCUCUCCCAAACAUUUCCGAUUUUUCCAACAUUCUCCAAGAAGUCAAGAUGCCUAUUGUUGAUUACACCACAUGCGCAGCUGGAAAUGCCAAACUGACUUACGCCAAAGUGGACGAUGAGAUCGAAGUGUGCAGUGGUUAUGGUGGAAACAACCCGGUCAGUGUUUAUUUAUUUAUUUUUCUUUCUUUCUUUCUUUCCUUCUUUAUUUAUUUAUUUAGUUAGUUUGUUAGCUAUGUAUUUAUUUUCCCUUCGCCUGUCCAGUACUAGCCUGUUCAGAGACCCUCCAUUUUAUCGUCAAAGUCCGCGCGGUUGAUAAAAUAUAAACCGCAGGGGAUUUCUUGACCGCCAGAGCAAGGGGGCGGGGGGGGGUUCGCGCGAGAGCUCACGAUGUUUUCGUAAAGAGCGAAAAGAAAAAUAAAACAACGUCUGUGUACAGGCUAGGUUAGUACCGUAUCACUUUCGCGCUAUUUUGUCAGAAAAUUAAAAAAGCGCCGCAAAGCUUUUUGGAGUAAAUACAACCGCUCGAGUUAUUUUCAUAGAUAUUCCACUAUGAGAGCUGCUAUCGGAUCUGCAAUUUGCUUCUUGUCCUUUGUAAACGAAAGCUUCGUUAGAGAGUGCUGUUUUAACAGUCACCUCUUAAAAAACACCUUGCAAGCUAAUUGUGUAGUGGACAAAAGAAAGGCGGGCGUACAUGCAAACUCAUACCCCCACCGUUGUACAAGAAUGGAAGGGGGGGGGGGUGGGACCUCUCCCUAUAGUUCUUGAUAUGUUGCAGUAUUUCGAAAAGGUUUUACCUUUAGUAGAAUGCCUUUAAUCACCUUGACAAGAUGAGGUAUAUUUUAUGGGUGGCGGCUCUGCUAGAGGCCUGUGACGUGACCAAUAAUGGUCGCUAUCUUGGCCGCCAUCUUGGUUUUUACCAAGAAGUAGAAUUGGAGAAAUCAGGUAAAAACGACGAGAAUUGGUAUUACAUGGGUAAUUACUUUGAUUUAUUUUAUCCCCAAGCUUUGAUUUUGUGGUUAAAAAAAGUUGAAAGAAACAAUUCGUUCAAACAUUGCUUGACCACCUGCUAUUUAUGACGUCAUAACUCGUAACCAUAGUAACUGAUCAUCAGUAAGGUUGCCUCAAAAUGCGCUUUAGGGAUAAACGAACAGCAACUGAAAACGUCAGGUGGUAAUGUUUAAUCGUCUGUGCAAAAAGACUCAGAGGGGGGCGGUGUGGCAUCAAUACCACUUGUGAGUCCGAGGGCUUAUUCAGUUUCUCCCCAGAAAUAGAAAAGAAAUAAGUACCACUGAACGAAUAAAAAGCAUCAAUUUGCAAUAGAUACACGGCAUUAACCAGAACUGUCAUAACUGUUUUUUGGCUUCCCAUUAUUAGCAUUUUAUUACCACUACCAUUGUCAUUAUCAUUAUCAUUAUCUCCUUGGUAUUAGAAUUAUUUCUCUUUUCAUGGAAAUGUAACACAGCAAACAGUUAACUUAUUGUUUCAAAAGAUAAGUGGUUGCCAUGGCGAUAGUGAAGGACCGUUAACCUGCGAGGAGGAUGGUCGUUGGUUCGUGAGAGGUAUAAUCAGUUGGGGAGAUCAUUGGUGUCAAGGCGGUCCAACCUUCUCUGUUUCCGUUCGCGUCAGCCGGUUUGUUGAAUGGAUCCAGGCCAUUAUAUGGUCCUUUGCAAUUCCCAAAGGCAAGUUACCAUGGAAACUAUGCUGAUUAUGAUAUCGGACAAAUACAUUAAGUCAUUAAAGGUUUUUUGUCACGAAGGCAAUUUAUUUACUCAUUUAUCCCUGCAGGGAGAAAACGACAAUCGGCGAAAAAAUUGUUGGGACAUCGUCAACAAAUGGGUUAACUUCGGAGAACAAAUCAAUACAAAAUGUCAGAGAGGCGCUUUAAGGGAAAGUGUCUCAACUAAUUGGUUGGCCGAUUGUAGUUUAAUCAGCAGGCAGGUUUUGUCAUACGUCAUCGUCAGUGCUUACCGACUUUAUAUCUUUGUAUUUGCCUCACGGAAACUAUUUCAUUGUCCUAUCUCUUUUACCUUUUAAUUUUCAGUUGAAGACGCCUGUAAAGAUCACUUGCCUCAUUGCUCAAAAUGGACUAAGGAAGGUUUGUGCACAGAUGACUGGGCCAAGAACUAUGUGAACAAAUUCUGUCCUUUGAGUUGCAAGUAAAAGCCAAAGCAAAGAAUGCUUCAUGGUUUGUAAUGUCAUAUUUUUUUCCUUUACAGUAUUUUAAGACCAGAAUACUACUAGUUCGUCCGCUUCGAGGAAAUAGCGAAUCCUGAAGUUCCAUGCAUGCAGACAGUUGAAAUGCAGUUUUAUUCAGGCACGGUCGUUCGGUUGGUGACUGGGACUUUUAAGUUGCAGCCUUUUUGAUCAUUUAAUGGAAACUUAGCGUCAGAUUAAAAAAAAAAAACACUUAGUUUGAUCGAGUGUCAACGUAUUUAGCCCCAAAGUUACUAGAUGGCACAACUUCAAUGACGUCUGCUUUUGGAGACGAUACCACUAUUUUACGUGGUCAUCCGAGCCAGGAGAAGGUCCAGCCGUUUGCCGAGAGCAAAGGAAGUGUUUUCAUUUCUCAGUUCGGUUUUAAGACCCUGAGUAUCGAUGCUGUCCAUGGAAUCGAACCCACUCUACAGUCAAGCUUUCUACUGUGAAGUGAGCUAAACCUUCCGCUCUCUAUACCCUAACUUUAAUUGGUUCUCAAGAAAGUCAGUAAAACAACAAUAAAACAACAACACCAGCAAAAAUAAAAGAAGUAAAGCCCCUCAAUUUAAAGCUUGUAUUCAUGAGUGCAAUGAAAUAUACAAGAAAACAAUUAUUAUCCUGAAAAGUCGGAAACUGUUCAGUCGCUAUUUUAAAUCCUUUGACUAUACAACUGUCAGUGUAAAACUUUUAUUCAGAUACCAAACGCCUAAACUAUGUUUAACCCAUCGGGAAUCAAUAUUACUGUAUUAUCAUUAUUCUCCGUCGUUUUUCAUAAAUUUGCAGGUUACGACGAGAUGAAAGAAAGAUGACCAGAUUUGCCAGUGACGAGAAUUAGCUAAUGCAAUAUGUAAACUUACAGCAUACUAACAGUAAUAAACUAUGCUAAAAAUGAGCUCGUUGUGUUACGAUAUUUUAAUAAUAUGGAUACGAUUUUUACUUGAUUGUAGAUAACAGUCCUAAUGUUGGUACUUGAAAGGCUCUGCAAGCAGAAGCGAUUAACAAGUAUAUAGGAUCCAUAUUCAGAAUCUUUCAAUUUAACAGGCACUUUAAUUUGCGUGUUUUCAGAAGUCUCUCCCCACCUACAUACACACACACAUACACUUUUGGAGAGAAUUUUCCAGUAGUUUGUCUAAUCUUAUACACUGAAAAAGUUCGCUUUAUUUGGUCAAAACACAUGUUUGUUUUUUUGGAUUAGCUAAUUUAGCACACAAAUUUAGUAAUUAGGUUUAAAACAGUAUUCUUUGUUUCGCAACCACUGGGAAAGAAAUUGAUCUUCUUCAAUCCGUAUGAUAAAGAACCUGACGUCUCAUGUUACUAUCUUAAAUGAGGCGGGAUAUCAACAAGGGCGACAUAUUCAUAUCACAGCACCUCUCUCGCAGUGGCACCUACAAAAAAAAAAUGUGUUCACUUAAAGUUUCUCAGACUCAGCCAAGGUGGUGCUUGCUUUUCAGUUAAUGCAAUUGUUCCAGCUGCGGACACAGCGGUAACAAGGUGACACGACUAUGGGAAAGCUUUCAGCCAGUUUACUUGUUUUUAUGGAAAAUUCAUUAAACUAGGCCAACAUAAUAAUAAUGAUACGUUUGUAAAUUGGCAGCGAGCGAGCUCAGCUGACAUCAGGGUUUAAGGUGAAUUAAAAUGUUAUUUUAGAUUAUGACACUAGACCAAACAUAACAUAGAGUAUGCUACUCGUAGACAGGCGUGGUUUGCAUGAGUUUGCCUCAAAUGGCACUGACCAGAAGGAAUCUCUCCAGUCUCUCAGUGAGAAAAUUUGAUGCCAAGCAUAUGCACUCAAAUGUUAUCAUUGUGGUGCGGGUUUUUUGAUAUUGCAAAUUAAAAUGACUGAGCGUAAAUUCAAAUAAUACUAAAUGAGGAAAAAGAGCAUUAUGAAAGUAGUGCAAGCCAAUAAUUAACCAAAUUAGGGAAACUCCGGUCCAUUCAACUUUCUUUCAUAGCGCAUUGUUUUAACCUAUGUACAAGGAAAACUAAUGUGUUAAAAGUCAAACCAAACAUCAAAAAGAAAGAUCCAUAAGAAGUAAACAAGAAAAGAAGAUCUCGCUUUUGCUGCAUAAUAGCAUUUUACAAAGAUUUUUAAGCUUUGGUAAUGAGAAAGGGUACGUUUUUCUUUACAUGUAAAAUGUUGAGUAAGUUCCACCCAAGAUAAUGAAGGGAAGGCGUGGCCUAAUUGGCCCUAUUGAACACUUGUUGAGUAACACAAAGAAACGCUCUACUUAUCAUUAUUGUUUUAAGCUACCUUAAGUAAGAAAAAACAAAGUUUAUUGUGAUUUUCACGUUUUUUUAAGAGUAAGUUAAAUUUGUUUUAAGCUAACUUAAGUAAGAAAAAACAAAGUGUAUUGUGAUAUUCACGUUUUUUGAAGAGUAAGUUAAAAUUGUUUCUUUGCGCAAACAUUAUGCAUUUAGAGCAGUAGUCUGUACUCCAAAAUGUUGCUGUCAUAUCUUUUUUUAGAUUUGAUAGGUAAACCAGAAAUCCUCAGUUCGGGUAUUUUCUAUUCUUUAAGCUGAGUUAUGGGUCAAGCAUUUUAAACGGAACAGUUUUAUGAGAAAAAAAAAAUAUAUUGCCUGCAGAUGAAUCGAACUAAUGGGUAAUGUCUUAAAAAGUGUGUAAACAAACAUUUCAUGAGCUCGCACAUAAUGGAUUUAUCAGAAAAUAUAGCGUCCUCAAGUACACAAUAGUUUUUUGGGACAUAACUGGUAUUUACUCUAGUUAAAAUGAAAAAAAAAACAAAAAACAAAACAUGUUAUGCUUUUGAUAUAUAUUGAUUGAACGGAAUAUUCUAGACAGAGGUCUUGCAAUUAAACGUUAAGUGUUCCUUGUUUAUACAACCUGCAGCUGCACCAUCGGUCGAUAAAUAUCGGGGCAAGCCCAAGUUGCCGUCACUUGAGACUCAGUAGGUUCAAGAGAUGGAGCUAUUUGCAGUUUUCACAAUCCUUUCAGCCGUAUUGGCUUUCACAGAAGGUGAGGAAAAGCGAUAAGACAGUAUUCUAGACGACUUGCAGUGGUCUUCAAACAUUAUGAAAAAGGGACCGAAACGCUGUGAGGCUAGGUUGAAAACUAAUGGAUGCAUCCCCAAACGACUUCUUUGUAAUAUUUAGUCUUACUGACUGAUGAGGGAUAACUGAUACACUAAUUUUAGUAAAAUCUACGAUCUGACUUCGAUCCAUAUUUCCUUGAUAGGUGCGAAAGAAAAAAGUCGUAAAAAUGGCAUGAACAUCCUUUCGCAUUUGUUAACGACAAAGCAAUAAUUCCUUAAACAACCCUUAAUAGUUCACACAGUGAAUGCAUCAUCAUCAUCAUCAUCAUCAUCAUCAUUAUUACUGUCAUCAUCAUCAUCAUUAUUUAAUUUCAGGUUGCGGCAAACGCCACUUUACAAGUCGAGUUGUUGGUGGUGAGAAUGCACCCAAGCAUUCCUGGCCUUGGCAGGUGUCUCUGCGAAUUACGUACAAUGGCAAGUUGUAUCACAUUUGUGGUGGCUCCUUGGUUGGUGAGCGGCAUGUGGUAACAGCUUCUCAUUGCGUGGUAGACAGAAAUGACAAACCCUACCAGGCUAAUCUGUUUACAGUUGUCGUAGGUGAGAAAAUCUCGCUGCUUAAGAGUCAUCUACGUUCUGACUCAAAUGAUUUAUAUUUGUUGAUUCAAGGGUCGCCUAACGCUUCCCGCAAGAUAAGUGAGGAAGCAGACCAUAGUUUAGCCCGGUGCAAAAGAUAGCUAGUGUGAAAUGCGCCAACAGCUCCAAUAGGAUUUACUAUCCCAGAACUCGGUGAAAUGCAUUCUAUAGACUGGGAUAUAGUACCCACAUUAUCCGUGAUGUUAUCGAGCUCAAUGCUUCAAUGACGGAAUUGAAGCAUGAGCCUAGUGGAGAUCACCAUCUGUACGGUCAUGGUAAAUACUAUAUUUGUUGUUUCAAUCUCUAGGUGCCCAUAAGCGGACUGGGACAACCGAUGUUCAACAGGCAAUUAAAGUGAAAAAGCUGUUUGCGCAUGAAGGCUUUAGUUAUGGCCACCUGAGAAACGACAUUGCCCUUUUGGAACUGGAAUGCCCGGUUACACUAAGCGACAAGGUCAAUACUGUUUGUCUACCCAUUCAAGAUUCCAGGAUUACUGACGGUCACAAAUGUUAUAUCACAGGUAAUGUUUCUUUCACCAUAACUUGAGGCGCAGAAUAACUCAGGUGGCUAACCUUAGAGAUUUUCUCCAUUUUACACGUGAUGAAAUUUUUUUAUGUCUAUCUCUUGGGAAAUUUUUUUUAGGUAUUACUGUUUUUAUCUUGUUUUAUUUUCUGUUGUGGCAUGUUACGUUGUAACUGCUGUUUUACUUUCUUUGACGAAUUUUAGGGACAAUUGAUUCGUACAAGAAUGAUCAGACGUAUCGACCAAAAAGGCCACGACAUGAUUUUGAAUGACGUCAUAAUCCCCUGUCCCAAAAAUUAAAUUUAUACCUAUCUCCAAAAUCGACCAGAAAGGCCACGACAUGAUUUUGAAUGACGUCAUAAUUCCCUAUCCCAAAGAAUAAAUUUAUACCUAUCUCCAAAAGCUCAUCACAAGCGAUAUGAAGUAUAGAAUCUAAAUCAUGUGUAGAUAACAGCGAAAAUACGCACGGCCAUGACUGCCCAACUUUUCUUCUGCUAUGGUACGGUUUCUUCUUCCAUAGGUGCGUCUGAAGUACAGAACGGUGCUGAUAUGAAGUGGGAUCUAGAAAUACAAAUUUAAAUAAAGAUAGGAUCGUCGCAAUUGUCACAACAUUGAUGCACUUAAGCCGAAAACUAAAAUGUCUAGGUGAGAAGAAAAUAGGGUUAUUAUAAGAAAACAACUUUUUCACAAUAACUGACUGAAUCCUCGCGCGCUGAUUGGUCGAGAGCUAUGUUCUAUGAGAGUAUAGACCAUGGAAAUGACGUAACAUGUCACGUGUGGCUCGUGAUUCCACUUGACUUUUGGACAUUUUAUGACGUCAUUUAUAUGGUCUAUAAGUGUGUAGACCAUGGAAAAUUGUGGUCGAUUCGUUAAAUAUAUAGAGGAUAUUACACGGUGGCGAGAACAUAAAAUUCAUAUCUUCGAGCCAACGUGUAAUGUUCUUUUUAUUAUAUGGAGAAACCAAUUCAACAAAAGCAAAAGGCGGGAAUCGUGACGUCAUUGAACGAUACGACACUCACAAAGGUGACAUACGGAAAAUACGCCAGUCGGGUCCCGGAUGAAGUGGCGUAUGGAAUGUACGAGUGGUUUAGUUCCCAGUAAAACACUCUCCUCCAUAUAAUAAAUUCCGUUAAUAAUUUGAUUUAGGAUGGGGUCGUACUGUUGGAGGCGGAGACGCUGCAGACACAUUGCAGCAAGCAAUGCUUCCUGUGCAGAAUCCCCAGAAAUGUGCGACUGUUAACAGGCCGUUGGCACCUGUGGACGAGAAAUCCAUGAUCUGCGGCGGAAGUGGAGUAGCAAACCAGGCUGGUGGUUGCCAAGGAGAUAGCGGUGGGCCGUAUGUCUGUGAGGAGAACGGAAAAUGGGUUCUCCGAGGAGCUGUCAGCUGGGGUCAUGGCAUGUGCCGAACUGAAUAUUUCACUGUGUUUGCGCGGGUCAGUUCUUUCAGAGAAUGGAUCGACGAAAAAAUGUCAGGUAUUGGAAAGCAUUUCCAUUGUUUGUUUGUUGUUCGCAACGGAUCAGAUUACAGUACUAGAUAGUUUAAGCUGAGGAAAUAAAUACUUGUGUCUUAAAUCAUCGCGGAAGCGAUUUUUGCGCAUCAUGGCCUCCCACCAAUUAAGGCCCAGUCUGAAUUCCUUAAGCAGCACUAGAUUUGUUUUUGUUGCCUCCUUCCCGGUUUCCAGCUCUUAGUUAAGUUAAAAUGAACCAACUUAACAAUCUCAAAAUUUUAGUUUAGACAAGAGAUGCUUCCAAGAAAAAACAUUUGGUGGAUAUGUUAGUUAAUAUCUGUAGUUGUUAGUUUGUAGUGUUAGUCUUACUGCCAACCCUCUGGGUAAUCUUGGAUGACUUAGUUAUGAUCAUCAAUAUUCGUUUCAAAAUCACUUAACUAACCUUUAUUAUUAUUUUUUUUAGCAGGUGAAGGGAGUGGUGCAUAGGCAUGAGGUAAAUAACUUAAUUUCAUUGCUAUUCAUCUGUACGGGAAUGUGAACUGAUUCAACUUGCUUACAAAUUAAUCUUUCCAUUUUUUUCCCAAAGUUAAUUGAUUGGUCUUGACUAGAGAUCACUACUUCACACCUUAUCAGAACUGUUUGAAGUUUGAAGCAGGUGUAAAAGACACCGCAAAUACUGCGGGAAGCAGGGAUGGAAAUACUUGAAGAAGAAUGAAACGGAUUGUAAUUGUGGUUUUUGAAAACUUGUCCACCUAACAGUUUUUCAAAGUUCAUUUUUGUUGUUUGUAACCAUUGAUAUGAUGUUUGGGAGACACAUUUUGUUUGACACGAAGCAGUGAUUUUGUCAUUCACAGGUAUUUUUUCAAGUUUCAUAGCGAAUAAGGGCGCAUGGAUGGCAUUAGGGCAUAAGAAACAAAAUGAAUUAGGCAGCCGUGACACAGCCCCUUUAAGAAGAGAUCUCAAUUUUUUUAAAGUUUCCGAUUGAAAUUUGUCUUUAUUUCUUUUUCACAGCUCUGGAAUAAGGAUCAAACGUUCUUCACGCAUUUGCCAUGGUGGGCUUGUGCAUAAAUUUGUAGUAAAGUAGGCAAACUGAAAUAAAUCUCAUCGACGUGCAUUCAUAAUGUCACUUUUUCUGUGUCACUUUCGUUCUAAGAAAUUUAAUGGUUUCAUUUUUACCCAGACAUUUUUUUUCCCUUGCACAUUUUACUCUGGGUUGUUCGUGGCUAUUACUAAGGCAGUCCAAAUAACCGUAUUGCAAGUUGUCUCCUCUUUUUUUUUUUCUAUCUCCUUAACUUGCCAUAACAAUGUUUCCUCGAAAAAAAUACUUAAAGGGGAUAACCAUGCCGGCUUUAAAUGCGAUCACUCUGCUUUUUGCACCCCCCUGAAUCAAACAACGUUUCUGUCGUCUGUCAAAAGCAACCUGAGAUUAAAUUACAUAAAAUAUAUAGUAUGGCACUUCACAAAAACUCCCUAUAACUUAAACAAUUAGUUGUAGACUGUCGCAGUUUCUAUACCCGAAACUUAGAAAGAGAUAGUAUUUUGGUCUACUUUUGGACAGUUGUUUUGUUUUCUAAAAGUUGUAUUUAAAAGACUAUAAAAAUUCAGUUCUGGGAGGUUUAACCUUGCUUUAUAUAGAAUAUAUUAAGCCGGUAUUUAUUUUUAUUGAAUAAGGCAAGAGAAUAUUAAUCCAAACAUGUUUUAAAACUUCUAUCGGCAUCAAUACAAAUGUAUUUUUUAACAGUACUGUUUGCGGGAUUGUUAUUGUGCUUAUAUAAGUAUAUGAAGCACCUGCCACGCUUUAUAAACAGAACAGUUCUCGUGUAUGUGUAUAUUGUUAAAAGACUGUGAAACCGAGAUUGUGGAGACGACAAUUUAAAAAAAAAAGCGGCUUGCCCCCUUUUCGGCUUUCUUUGUCUUUAGAGUUGGCGUUUGAAAAACGAAAAUUAUCACAGCGCCGUAAAAAGUAGCACAGUGCUCGGAGUCACCGUUCAUAACUUUUCUCCCACUCUUGCGGGUCUUUGUUCUUUUUUGUGUGGGGUUUGAAAAAACCACAGUUUCCACCGCCCCAAAAAAAACAGCGACUCGCCGGGGGCCCCCGUGCUAACCUUUUCCCCCCUGUGUUUUUUAAAAAACCAAUCCGCGGGGGGUGCGGGAAAAUACCCCCCCCCCCCCCCCCCCCCCCCUCUCAAAUACUUUUCUCAUCUUUUAUCGAUCUUUUCAUUUCGUGAAUGUUUACUUUAAUUUAUUUCGUUCCAAGUGAAAUUGAUACAAAGGAACGAUUGAUUAUGUAAGAAUUGAAUUAAAAAAAGAUGUCCAGGUAUUACCAUCAUGGCCAUCAGUACACUUAGACAGUUUUUAAUGCGAGCUUGUAAAAGAAAAACGAGAAAAAAUGUUUUAAAAAAAGAAUGAGAGCAAGUUACAUUAAUAAAGGUGUAAUUUACUAUAAAAAUGGAAAGUUUUAUGACAGGAAUAUGAAAAAAGAUCUUUUUUAUUUCGACAUACAUUGUCCUUUUUUCAAUCUUUUUGAGCAAAGAGGAAGGACAUUUUAGCCGGUUGUCGUGAAAACCACUGAAUUAUUGCCGACAGGGUAGGUGUUUUCCUUGGAUACAAAAGGCACCGAGGAUAUGAACGAAAUGACCCAAUGUGUCUAAUUACAAGAAAAGAAACCGCUUUUUGCCAUCUGUCAGCUGGUUACCAAGAAUCUCCUAUAAAGCAUCAAUCUUCACUCUUUAUGUUGCCUGUUUUACUAACAAGGAUAUCAUGUUUUCUUUGAUUAUUACUGUGACCGUUUUUCUCAUUCCCACCCUUACUCAAGGUAAGGUAAGAUUACUGAUGUUCAGUAAACAUUCUUCAUUUUCCGAGGCCAAGUUUUCUUAUUCAGUAUUUCAAUUCCACACAAUUAUUUUACUUUAGGGCAAUGUAACGAAAUUUAGUAUCCACGGAUUAAGCCGAGAGUGGACAGAAAAGGAAAAAGCACAGAGAAAAACAACAAGAACAAACAUUACUACGCAUUGCAUAGUACGAGCUAUCUAAAGUUCUUGUACAAUAUUAUGAGUUCUCACAAGAUCAUGUUGGCGUGCUUAAUCGGAGGGCUGACACCCUAAUCACAUGCGUCUCUAUACUUAAAAGCUCUGCAAGUUUUAGUUUAAUUAUAGAUUUUUUUUUUUUAAAGAUAACCAACAAACUGAAAUAAUUUGUCUACGCUUUUUGUUUUCUGUAAUCGCCCACAUCCCUUAGCCUAUUUGUUGAAUGUAUUCAGGUAUAUAUGAUGCUGCUUUAUCUACGGAUAUCAAACAAAUCAACCAACGACAAGCUCUCUAAAGUUAGUCUAGGAAUACUAUUGUGGUUCUAACGUGGCUAUAUACACUCAUUCAGGUUGUGGGAAUCGCCCAGCUGGCAUGCGUGUCGUGGGUGGAGUGGACGCCCAGCCCCAUUCCUGGCCGUGGCAGAUUUCACUCAGGGUAAAUGGAAGGCACAUUUGCGGUGGAUCACUUAUUAGGCCCGAUUGGGUUGUCACCGCAGCCCACUGUGUUGACAGAAACAAAAGCCCGAGUGGAUACACCGUCGUCAUUGGUAAGUUCAACAAAUAUUGAAGAUCUUUAGGCUAGUAUGAGUACGAAUACGAGAUUUGACUUAUUUUGUUAUUUUAUUUUUUGCGUAAUUUAAGAAAUUAGAAAAGUAAGUUAGUACUGUUACUUAUAUUGAAGGAGAUUAAGCCCUCUUCCGGUCGCAAAAUGAUAAAACUGACAUUUUUAUUUUUUUUUUGGAUAACUUGUUUCUGCCACUACGAAAUUCUCGCUAAAACUCAUAGUAGAGUAGUAGCAGGCUAUCAUGUUUUCGCCCCAAAAUGACGCUGGUUCACGUACGAGCACUAUGUAGUCUUGAGAACAUCUCGUACUCUAGUCACGCUCGUCUUAGAAACUAAAGGUCUCUAUUGAAAAGACUAAUAUUUGAGGUAUUCCGCUUAUAACUGACGAUUAUGAAACAAGUAGCAAUUUCUCGCAAUAGAAUCGAACUUAAAUUUAAAGUUAGCAAAGAAAUUGCUUCCGUAUUACACUUACGUGCAAACAAGCCGAUAUCUCUCAAGCACUAUAUAUUUUUUUACAAAGUAACAAGAAGUAUAACGUUUUUUUAAAUUAUUUAUUUAUUAUAAUUAUAAUAAUAAUAAUAAUAAUAGUAAUUAUUAUUAUUAUUAUUAUUAUUAUUAUUAUUAUUAUUAUUAAUGAAAUAACGGUUGAAAAGUCGUGUUACUUCCGUGCUGAGCUAGUCUCCCUCGCAGCCGUGUUUUGUCUCGUCACGCAACACUCUUCUUCAACAAAGGAAGAGGAACGUUGCGUGACGAGACAAAAAUGGCUACAAGAGCUUGCUGUACUGUACCACAACUGUAGCAACAGAUGUUGCAUUUAAUUCAGUCAAAUAAAAUAGCGUUUUCUCAGUCUUCUUCAUUUUCGGAAUCAACGAGCUGCAUCACUGCGUGAAAUUGCCCAAUAGAAGGUUUAUCAAGUAUUCAUUUAUUUGCAUCUUGGUUAUCACAGUUCACCAUUAGUAUUAAAUUCUUCUCAUUAACCACCUUAGGCGCUCAUGUAAGAACUGGCUCGACCGCUGUACAACAAACCUUCAAUCUGAAACAACUCUUCUCCCACGAGUCAUUUUCUAUGCAACACCUUAGAAAUGACAUUGCACUGCUACAGCUUGACCGCCCAGCCACACUUAGCAGCAAAGUAAACACAGUUUGUUUGCCUACGAAGGGAAGCAAAGUUGCUCCUGGUACAAGGUGUUUCAUUACAGGUAAUGUUUUUUUCCACAUCCUUAUUUAUCCUCACUUGUACAUAAAGUGGGGCAGAUUUUAAUAAUUAGAACAUCUCCACAAGUUACCUUGACCAUGCAAAAAAGCCAUUAUUGAGGUAAUAUAUUACUAUAUUUCACAAAAUGCAGCCACUUCCCCUUAGCUGCAAAGAUUGAUCGUUUUAUUGGAAUUGAUUGCGGCCUCCUUUUUUUAACGCAUGUAUAUGUUGUCGCUCAAUUUUGUCGUUGGUUUAAAUUGUAUUUUCUCUUGUUUUAAUUACAAUAGCCCCAAAACAAAGGGAAAUAAAAUUUAAACCUGUGAUAAAAUUAAACCACAACACUUAUAUAUCACUACUAUUUUGUUUUUUUCUUUUUUCUUUUGUUUGUUUGCUUGUUUACCUCCCUAGUUCGGCCUUUCUUCGUUUGGAAAAUGUCCCCCACCCCUCUUAUUAUUAUUAUUAUUAUUAUUAUUAUUAUUAUUAUUAUUAUUAUUAUUAUCAUCAUUUAUAAAUAAUCUUGUUUUAACCCAAAGGGGUUGCCCCUUCGGUUAUUUUGUGAGCAUGCAGUUUUAACAUGCGCCCAUAAUUCACUAUAUCUAUUUUAAAUGUUAUCGUGCGCAGGAUGGGGACGAACCAUUGGUGGGGGGGCAGCAGCAAGUACUCUGCAGCAAGCCGAGUUGCCUGUCGUGGAACAUUCCAAAUGUGCUCGUACAAAUGGCCGUUUAGCUCCCGUCGACGAAACCACUAUGGUCUGUGCUGGAAGUGGGAUCGCUGGACAGGCAGGUGGUUGUCAGGGUGACAGCGGAGGUCCUUUCGUUUGCGAAGAAAAUGGAAAUUGGGUUCUGCGUGGAGCUGUAAGCUGGGGAAAUGGAAUGUGCACCACUGACUACUUCACCGUCUUUGCACGUGUCAGUAAUUUCAUUGAUUGGAUCAAUCAAAAAAUGUCGGGGUCUGGUGGGUCAGGGGGAUCAGGAGGAGGUAGCGGUAAGUCUUAGACUAUGUGGAUCAUUAUACGUUUGUGGGAUAUUGCCCACCUACCCCUCCCCUAAGCCAACAUUAACACUUAAUUUCAGUUAAGGCAAAAUGUUGUCUUAGGGGAGGGGUAGGUAGGCAGCCUCCCAGAAAAGCAUAAUAAUCUGGCUAUGUUACACUAUUGCGCUGGUACGAUAGAGAAACAAGGAAAGAAUACCAUAUUUCAAGGAAUUAGUUCCUUUUCGUAUUAUGUAUUAACGCUAAGUUAAACAAGAGGACUAAUGACAAACAUUGAUGUCAAUAUUCACAAACAGUUCAUCUUCUCCGCGAAAAUUGUAAAUAAUUAAUUUCACUUAAGAUGGAGGCUGACUCUGCAUCAAGGCGUCUUUGUUGCUUUUAUUAUGGUGUCAUUGAGAGCUCGACAUCUGGGUGAAACUCGUCGUUUUUAAUAAAAAAAACUGUCCUACGACAUGAGCAGCGCAGGACUCUGAAAGUACCGAAUGUAGCUAGGUCAUCCCCAGCUUGUUUCAAGUUAAAAACGUACAUACGCACGCGUCUUUGGCUGCAUGAUGGCUAUGAGACACCACUCCGCCUUGCUAACCGUUUUUUGUUUGUUAAUUAAUAGCAUGUGCGGACAGUUCUCCACAUUGUCCAUAUGUUACGCAGUAUUGCAGCUAUCCGCAAAUUCGUAACCAGUGCCUCAAGUCAUGUGGAGCUUGUAAGUUUUAUGUUUUGUUUUGCUUUUCUUUUCUUCUUCUUCUUCUUCUUUUUUUUUUUUUAUUUUUUUUAUCGAUACGUCCGAGGGACAAAUUGCGAUCAGUUCGCUUGCUUUCAAUAUCACUAUCACUAUAAUCAUUAACAUAAUUAUUAUCAUUAUCGUUACCGGUAUCGUUAAUAUUAUCGUUAUCGUUAUUAAAAUUAAUAUCAUUAUCAUUAUCAUUAUUAUUUUGUCUUAUAUAUUUAUUUAUCCUUUUUUUUUUCUGGGUUUCAGGUGGUGGAGGCGGUGGGCCCUCCUGCUCUGAUAGCAGCAAAAAUUGUCCAAUCCUUAAAAGUUACUGCAGUUUCCACAAAUAUGUUCAACUAAAAUGCAAAAGAACCUGCAACCUCUGUUAGACGGAAACAUCGUAACACAUUCAAAAAGGUAACGUGUACUUCUCUUUCUCGUACGAGAUUUUUUUAUGAUAGAGAAGGAAUUAUUUAUAUCAUUGGAGAAUCAUAAAUAUUGAGAUGGAGAACACCCUCCGAGAUCCUUAAAAAGUCUUCUUUCAUUUUUUUUUUUUUCCAAAUGACAAGAAAAUAAUAUAACGAUAUGCGUAAUGUUCCGGUCUUCAAAAUAUUUGUGAGCUUUCGCAAAAAAAGAAAUCUGAAGGAAAAAGAGGACGGCAAAACGUCUAAUACUUGUGUUUCCAUUGUGGUUUUUACUUAACAUUACUGUGUUUGAAAAAAAGAACAAUUCAAAGGAAGCUGAAUUUUUGCUUUUUUAACAUAAUUAUUGUCACGCUCACGACACGAGGUUUUGCCAUCUGUUUUGCUUUGUCGUCUUAAACUGUAAGUUCACUAUUUUCCUCUUCCCUGGCAGAUUCACGAUAUAAAGGUGAUGUUUAGUCUAGCAACUAUUCUUAAAAUGGCAGUUGUCAUCCAAUCUGUGGUAUUUUUGCUAUUUUUUUGUUAAAUUUUCGGGCGGUAGUUCCACCACUUCUUCUCCGAAUUAAUUUUUCUUCAGCUAUACCUACCCAAAUAGCUGAGCUACAGCGCCUUCGGAAAAUUAUAAUGAUGAUAACGAUUUUGGCGAUGAAAAUAGUGAUAACAAUGAUGAUGAUAAUGAUGGUAGUGAUGAAUGAAAACUACUAACAAGCAGCGUUUCCUUCUCUCCCUCUCUCUAGGUUGAACAUCAAGUCGUCUUCGCAAGCUGAUUGGGGAUUAUUUAUUUCAUUUUUAUCAACGUAAUACCGGUGGAAAGAGAAGCUCAAUAUCGGGAACUAGAAUUGUGAAAAAGUAAAUAAAUAAAUAAACGAAAAAAUCAAUGUAAAUGACUUAUGCUCGUAGUCAUACUGAUUUUCUUUGGUUUUUGGCUGAUUAUAUAUGGCACAACCCUUGCUUUUAAAUUAUUACAUCCAGUUUUGGAUCACUGGUGAUCCUUGAAAUCUGAUUGGCUAAUUCACGCUAUUUUCAUCUCAAUCACUUAUUCUGCUGCAAAUCAUCCUGUUCAUUUCUGUUUCGAAAAAAGUAAGAUGUACAAGCUUUCCAAUCUAUAUAAAAGGGCUCAGUAUGGUAAGGGUAAGGGUAAAGCUGGACCUCAGAGGGUAGGGGGGGGGGGGGGGUGGGGGGGGGGGAGAGGGGGGGGCUUUAUGGUCUUUGUUUAAAAAUACUUUUUAAAAAACCCCUGUUUUUUUUUUACCUUAGUUUUCCUCAAAGCCCCUAAAAAAAAAAAAAACAAAAAACAUUUAUUUUAUUUUAAUUUCACUUCAACUCCUUAUUCUGCAAAAAAUCCUCUUUUUUUUUUGAUUUACAAAAAAAGAAAAGGGUAAACUUUCUCCAACAAAAAAAAAGGGGGGGGGGGGGGGGGGGGAGGGGGGAAGGGGGGGCGCGGGGGGGGGGGGGGGGGGGGGGACUGGCGAGGGGCGAGGGGGGGACGUUAUAGUCGAUCUGUAUAAACAUCCUUUUAAGAAUCCCCUGGUUCUUUAUUCACCUGAGUUACCCUGAAGGCCCUGAAACAAUACACAAACCAAAAUCGUUAAUUGCAUUCGAUAUACUGUUUAGACACCGUCGUACUUUCAGCGUAUACUAAAAGCAGUAAGUGAAUGUUCCCUUGAAGUGUUUUUUUUCCCAUCACAAUGCCCAAGCAAAAGAGAGUUUGUAACACCUGAUUUAACUGUCUCAAACAAGCCAAACUGUUAACUUUUCAUAAGUCAAAACCAUCAUACGAGCAUUUUAUCCCAAGCAAAAACCAUCGUGCGAGUUUGCACUGUUUACAGGUGUAUUGUGCCAGCUUCAUGCCAUUGUGUUUUACUGCAGACAGACGAUAAAAAAGCAAUUGCUUUUCUGAGCUGUUUUCAGUCCUUAUCUUGACUUGACUCAAGAUGAUUUCUAAAACAGUUGUCGUUCUACUCGCUGCAGUUGCCGUUAUCAUAAAACCAGCAACCGGUAAGUGUUCCUCUUUUGGUCUAAGAACCUUUUUUUUUACUUAGGUAUAAGGAUACUGCAUUUCAGCACACUACAGAAAAAAGUCUAGAUCAAAACUGAUGGUAAAACAAAAAAAAACAAGUUGAAGAAAACUAAUGACUUCAACAGUUUUUUUGUAUUGGUUGUGUUUUUUUUUUUUUUUGGCUAAAAGUGUUGAAGGGUAGAUCAGGAAAAAUGAAGAAAGUUUAACAGGAAAAUAAUUGGCUACAUUUUCCCCAUUACUUAUCAUUUGCAGAGUAAUGAAAAAAAACUCGAAUUGUUUGUCUCCUUGGCAGCCUUUUUUGUCUCGUCAAGUGCUUCUUUUGAGACUACAAAAAGAUUCGUGCACGAGUAUUUUUUACAUUGUGUUCACUAAUGCAAUGUGACUAUAACCCAUCACACAGUUAAAGGGGCUGUGUCACUGCAGUCCAGUUCAUUUUGUUUAAUUUUGCCAAUGACUCGCCCUUAAUCGCUAUAGAACUUAAAGUAAGCAAAGAAAUUACAUGUAAACGACAAAAUCAGGAUCUGAGACAAACAAAAAUGUCUCCUGAGCAUUAUUUUUGAGGUUGCAAGCAGCAGGGAUCAACUUUGAAAAACUGUUAGGCUGAACAGUUUUCAAAAACCCUAAUUUCAAUCCGUUUCAAUCUUCUUCAAUUUUGCCCAUCCGUGACAUCUGUUUUCAGUCAUGUUAUGUUAUUUUAACCUUCUUUUAAAGUUUUAAGUGGUUAUUUUUAUGUUUCUCUUAACUUAACGGGCAUUUUGUACUUUCCUAAUUUGACUGAAUUUCGUUACACAGCUCCUUUAAGUACCACCUCAUGCAGUUGCGAAAGGAAGCCUGAAAAAAAUCAGGCUUGACGGGAUUCGAACCCUGACCUCUGCGAUACCGGUCUGCCAACUGAGCCAGCAAGCCAACCGGGAGUUAGUCAUCAUUAGUAUAAUUUAAUUCUUUUUGUCAGGUUUUCAUUUUUCCUGGUGCAUAAGUUGCGCGUUUACUGUGGUGAUCUUCCUUACAUUUUUUUUCCUUCCGCUGUUCAAAUAUCAUGACUAAAUUCAUAAGGUCACCAUUUCAUCAUGUACUAUUUUUUCCUGCACUAAUUCUAGGUUGUGGGCAGCGCAUUGGUUCCAGGGUUGUAAAUGGCCAAAAUGCACAGCGCCACGCUUGGCCUUGGCAGAUUUCACUUAGGGUAAAUGGUCGGCACAUCUGCGGAGGAUCCAUCAUAAGUCCAAGAUGGGUUUUGACUGCUUCUCACUGUGUUGAGAGAAAUCCUUACCCCAGAGGAUACACUGUGAUUGUUGGUAAGUUCGAAUCAAGAACCCCUGGUCUAUAUUGCGCCAAUUAUAGACCCUAUCUUAGUCACUUUUAGGCAAAUGUAAUUUUCAUGAUCCCAAUUUAUUCACUCACUGUUGCAUUUACCCGUUAUAUAAGCCCUUUAACUAGUGCAUCCUAAAAAAAUGUUUGCUUAACUUUUAAAAUGUGGUAAAAAUCUUUCCAUCUUGAAAUCCCUAAUUAUAAACCAGGAAGUUUCUACCCUCAGAUGCGAUGCGUGAACCUAAUUUCUAGUAACUCUAUUGAAAUUGAAAUCUCAUUAUAGUCAGUCAGUCCAGUCGUGAAGAAAUGAAACCUCAUCUAGCGGCGCAUCCCCAUUAGCCUCGUAUUAACAAUAAUUAUUAUGCCUCGAGCCCGAAUGGACUCUGAGUCAAUAGCCCAAGAAGCCGAAGGCCGAAUGGGCUAUUGACUCAGAGGCCAUGAGGGCUAGGGGAAUAAUUGUUUUAGUAAAAUCCAACAAGUUGGUCAAAAAUAUCGAGAUUGAAAAAAAUUUAGCUGGUGAAAACUAGACUUUAAUCCUUUUUUGCUACCAAAAAGCCCGCGGCUAUAACAUAUAGCCUAGUAGUAGCUCAACCAAUUAGAACGCAGCACUGAUAAUAGACCACUCCCCUCUCCCAGGUUAAUAUUCUUCUGAAUUACUUAAUCUAUUCCAUUUUUGCGCCAUCACAGAUUUGUUUCAAACGCCUCUUUUCUCUAUCUCAGGAGCGCAUGCUCAAAGUGAAAGGCCGAGGAGUGAUCAGGUAUUUUACUUAACAAGAGUAAUAAUGCACGAGCGAUAUCGUCAAUUAAACUAUGACGUCGCCCUGUUGGAAUUAAACAGACCAAUACAGAUGAGUUACAAGGCUCGACCUGUUUGUUUGCCACAACAUGGGAGCAGAGUUUUACCUGGAACACAAUGCUAUAUUACAGGUUGGUGUUGUAAAACCAGAGUAGUCGGAUAUGGCACGUACAGUGUGCAAGCUUUAAAGCCGCAUUCACUAGAUAGGAAUUCAGCGGGUCCCGAGGUGAUUUAAUCUUACACAAACCGAGGAAGGGAGAGGUGGAGGGGGGAAGCUUUUGAGCCUCACCUCGACUUUACAAUUGAAAAUAGCUUAGAACUGUUUAAACUUGGAUGGGGAUACAUUGUUGAUUAAAAUCAGUUCAAGCUUAGCUGGGGUUACUUUUUUGAUUAAAAUCUAUAUCCAAAUAGUCCUUCUUUCUCCGGAGAUCUCGUUACAGUGAAUUAAUGGUAAGCGCAGGAUUCGAGUAGAUUUUUAUUUGCGUAGUCUUUCCCUUUAAUUUUGUACUUACUGAUUUGCUAAGGCAUUUCCCAAAGAGAACAUAUUCUACUUCAACUGCACCUACAUAGUCGAUAAAUAGGUGUAAUAGCCAGUAUAGGUGUAAACAAAUUACUGACCUUUAAUUAAAGGUUUACACGUUAUUUUAUUCAUUAGGAUGGGGGCGCACGGUUGGUGGUGGUAAAGGUGCGAACAUUCUUCAACAAGCCAUGUUACCAGUUGCUAAUGACAAAAGAUGCCAAAAUGUAAACGGAAGAAUUGGUCGCGUCUAUAGCGACACCAUGAUUUGUGCUGGAGGCCAAGGGCGGGGUGGAUGUCAGGUACAGGGUACACUCAUGCCGUGCCAGAGGAAGCGGCUUAAUCGUUGUCAAUAUGGUUAAUGUUAUGGCUGUGGCUAUAGUUAUCGUGAUCAGGAUCGUGAUAGUGAUCGUGAUCGUUAUCGUUUAAGUUUUCGAUCGUGUAUUUGCCAAAACAAUGAAAAGUCCUUGUAAGCUUAAUGCUUUUAACGCAUACCCGUAGAAGUUAUUAAUUUAACCUUCACAUUUAAUUUAAUUAAGUCAUGCAGUAAGUUAAUGUUCACGAUUUCUUGUAUCUUUUUGCAGGGAGACAGCGGUGGACCGUUCGUAUGCAAUGAAGGAGGGAGGUGGGUCCUUCGUGGAGCCGUAAGUUGGGGUCAUAGGAACUGCAGAACUGAUUUCUAUACUGUGUUUGCUAGAGUAAGCACGUUUGUGAACUGGAUAUAUCAGAAGACAUACUAGAGAGGUGAACUAUCAUUUUAACUGGUCCUUUGCAAAACUUGGUCAAGUGCUUAGAUACCACUCAUCAAGGAUGGGUAACCACCUACCCCUUCUUUAAGUCACAAUCUUGCCCCAAGUAGGAAGUAAGCGUUAAUGUUGACUUAAGGGAGGGGUAUGUUGUCAGUUUACCAUCCGUCACUGGAUGGCAAGCCACCCAAGUGUUCAUUUAUAUCACAAAGCUUUGAGUGUGAUCCAGCAGAGCCUUUUUAGAUUAACUCACACGUCCUUAAGUCCUCUAGUCCAGUCAUUUCAUUUAAUUUUCAACAUAAUAAUUAAACGAGGAAUGUUUCGCUCGAUCGCGCUCAAAGCUUUGUGAGCGGCCAAUGAACGCUUGGAAAGCUUCUUAUGCAGCAAGCCGUUGCUAAGCGGUAUCCAAGCACGUGACCAAGUUCCUCCAAGAGCCUUAAUUGUUACAAUUUUUGACAGUUAUUUAAUAAUUGAGUUGCUUUCCCUCUUCUAAAGCUAAUGUAAAUCCAUGUUCUCAUCUGCAGGUUCGGCCACAAAUUAAAUCAAACAGAAACCGUUUGGAUGGCUGGGUCAAAUUUCCCUUUCACUGAUUCAAAAGUAUUGGAAUUGAAAUAAAAGCAUGUAUGUUGCGUCUACUGUAGUUCGAUGGAAAUAAAAUUUGAAUCUUGGAAAAUUUUGAUUGUUUGCACCUUUUUGUUGUCGUGUUUUUGCUUUGUUUUCUCUUUGUUGUUGUUGUUUACUUUUUCCCCUCAUCCACUGGGCAAUUUGUGUCAUCCUCUGGUUGAAUUACCAAAAAAAAAUACUGAAAGAAUGGAACCACGCUCUUGUUUAACAUAUCAGUGGGAUUUGUGUAAUGUAACCAUGUUUAAUGCCGAAGCUUGAAAAAUGGAUCUAAUAUUAUUGCCAGCAAAAAGCUUGAAAAAUGAAAUCGUAUUUCAUACGCCAUCAUUUUAACAAGCUCACUCAUUAACAAAAAAUACAUUUCUCCCUCCUACCCCGAAACACAUGCAGGCGUUAUAUGUCGAACAUAUCAAAAACGAAAAAAAAAAAAGAAAUGUGAGCACAAGACUAAUCGAGGGCCGCGUUCAAUCUAAUGGCUCCUUCCAUUUGUCAGAAAUGACCGGCCAGGCCAUCCCGUUGUAACGAGAAAUUCAUUUUUAAUCAAAACCAUCCAGUCAGCAAUCAAUUCCUGAAUAGCAUACAAGAAGCAAAUCAUUUUUCUGGAAAAACUAUUGGAAAAAGCUCAUUUCAUUGUCAAAAUGACUUUUCCGCCAUAGUACGGCCGGCCAGUUCUGACUUUUAAAAAGCGACGAAGUCUAUCACUAGUAUUAAAAAAAAAAAAAAAAGAAAGAAAGAAAGAGCACACAAUGCAAGGUAUGUCUUUAAACAACUACGUGUUCAAAUACGGCGCAGAUGAACUGGAAAACGUCAAAUUCAACAACUAUCUGGGACUACAAUAAUGAGCCCUUAUGGAAACUUUCAUCUCGCUAGGCAAGACUUGAAGAAAGUGCACUCAAAGCACUCCGAUUAUAAAUUACUAAAAGAGAUGGGAAACCAUUUCAGAGAAAAUAUGAUUAACGAUGAAGUUAUUUGAUAAGGAAAAAGCUCAUUUCAUUGUCAAAAUGACUUUUCCGCCAUAGUACGGCCGGCCAGUUCUGACUUUUAAAAAGCGACGAAGUCUAUCACUAGUAUUAAAAAAAAAAAAAAAGAAAGAAAGAAAGAGCACACAAUGCAAGGUAUGUCUUUAAACAACUACGUGUUCAAAUACGGCGCUGAUGAAUUGGAAAACCUCAAAUUCUACAAAUAUCUUGGACUACAAUAAUGAGUCCUUAUGGAAACUUUCAUCUCGCUAGGCAAGAGUUGAAGAAAGUGCACUCAAAGCACUUAAAUUACUAAAAGAGAUGGGAAACCACUUCAGAGAAAAUAUGAUUAACGAUGAAGUUAUUUGAUGCACUGAUAUCUCCUAUACUCUUUUAUGCGAGUGAAAUGAAAGGAAUUGAUUGCAAUGGACAAUUACAAAAGGAUCCAGAAGAAUUGGUUCAAAAUAAAUUUCUUAAGUGGUCGCCUGGAGGCAAUAAAUACUGCAAUAACAAUGUGAGCAGGGCUGAGACAGGAAGGUUUCCAAUGAGAAUUGAAGCCCAAUGUAGGAACUUUAAGCUCUGGUUAACCUUAGCCAAAAAUAAAAGCAAAUUAUCCCAAAUAGCAUGCAAUGACAUUAAGUGGAAUGAAAAUACAGCUCAAAAACUUAUUGGAACAGAUAAGGUUAGGAGAAUUCUGGAUGAAAGCACACUAUGCGGACAUAGGAAUCGUAAACAUGAUCAGGCAACGACUUAAGGCUAUCGAACUGCAAAGAUGUCUAAGUGAAAUAAAUAACAACACUAGAAAAGAUGCUAUCCAAAGGAACAAAAUGAGAACCUACCGGUUAUUCAAAGCGAUAGACAAUUACAAAUGUGAAGAUUACUUACAUCAGGUCACCAAUACGCGACUUAGAAUAGCUCUAACAAAACUGCGACUAACUUCAACAACAAAUUAGCCAUAGAGACAGAACGUUAUUCGAGACCGUUUAAGAAACCUGAAGAAAAAAUUUGCCCAAUUUGUAAAAUUGAAAUGGAGGAUCGGACGAAUACCAUUUUCUAAUAUAUGCCCUGCUUACCAGGAAAAAAGAAGUUCGUCACUAGUUAUUUGGAAAAAGAAUAAAAAAAUAUAGAGUAAAAAUAAGCAGAAUGUCACCUAACAAAAUAUUCAUGUUUCUAAAAUACAAAAACUAAUAGCAAAACAUGUAUUCGAAUGCUUUGAACAAGGAAAAAAGGAAAGGAGAAGACGGCAAAAAGUAAAUACUCUAGGACCCCCAGUGCAGACUCUUUAACUUCUUUGAAAAUACAAUUACUUGAAUGAACCUUCCGCAAUCAUCGUUCUACUUAAUUACUGGAGUCCCACAAAAGAGAAAACGUUAAAAGAAAAUGGAUGCUUAUUUCGAAAGGAAGACAAAGGAAGCUGGUUAAUAUAAUUACGUGAUAAAUGCAAUUUGUGUUAAGAGGUUUUCAACUGGGAUUCUAGCUUUUAUCCUCUUCUACCUUAUAAAAGAGAUUCUGCAUUUUAGUAACUAAAGAAACUGAAAUAGUAAAAAUAACUUUUUCUGGCCUUGCACGCUGACGCAUUAAAACUCGCAGAUUGAUUAUUUUGAUGAAGAAGUGAAUAAUUUCUCGGUCACAUUAGUGUCGCCAUGAUCAUGUAAAAAAAAAAACGCCAAAGAACGUCGUUUUCUAUAAGAUUUAUCACGCCAAUUUCGAAUGCAUUUGUCGCUCAUUUCCUUUUUUAGAUCAAUAAUAGCGAUUGAUGAAAAGCAGUGAAAAAUAAACAUGUCGUUCUCGUUUCCUAACGUUUGGCACUUUUUGAGAAAACUUGUUUGUUCACAUGUUGAGAAACGUCAUAAAUUUCACCUCGUUCGGAAGAACAAAGUGAUCGUUUAUUCCUAGUGCCACAUUUAAAUUCGAUUAACGUAAAGGAUCUCAGUUCCCAUUCUAAUUCGUUGUCGAAUUGCCAAACUCGUUAUGAAGAUAAAAUUUAUCAUUGUUAUACUGUCUCUGUUGAGCUUAGCAUUAUCAAAGGAGGAAGGUAAGGCAAUUAUAUUUCAAUACUGAGGAAAAAGCCGUGUGCCGCUUUCUACGUAUAGUUUUUUGCUUCUUAUAGCAGUCCAGUCCGUAAUGCAAUCAUUUAGUUAGGAAGCGAAAACUACCCCAGGUAAAUUAUCAUCAUGUUUUUGUUUUGGGGGAUUCUCACUGAAACGUUCUUUCAAAAAUGUGAAAAUUAUCUGAUGUCAACUUAUCUUGCACAAUCUUGUCUUGAUAACAUAAUUAGGGGUGAAUCUGGUCUUUCUGUGUUUGGUUGAUUUAAAGAUUUAAUUUUUAUGCCAUCAGUGAAGCUACUCGAGUUACUUUUCAAUGUUCUUCCGAGUUGUAGUCUGAGUUACUGCAUAGCUGUUCUUGCAUUAUUUAAAGUGGACGUUUCAUACAGUUGUACACCGUUAUCAGCCACGUUUCAAGUACAGUCGAACCUCCUUAUGCGAUUACCUCUUGUAAGCCACCACAAUCUCCCAUAACCGACCACCUGACCGUCAGAAUACCAAAAUUUUUUGGUCGAUAACCUAUAGUGAAAACCUGUCGUAAACGUGCGACCGCCUCUCAUCAGCGACGGCGAUGAAAUUUUUGGCCUGAUGGUUUUAUUAGCUUCCAUUGUUUUUCGCCUCUUGUAAGCGAGCACUUGACGCACGAUGUGGUCUCUGUUCACUGGGUGUGCCACGCGCCACUCACAGUAUAACAAGAACUUUCAAUGACAAUAUGAAACCAUAUACGUACUUGUACGUAACUUAGAAAUUUUAACUAACUUUAGCUAACUAAAGCGGCGAAACGACGAUAAGUAACACAAGGCUUAUAAUCACACAGCUUGCAAAUUCUCUACAAACAUGGCGGCUCCGAGCUGGCUCAAUUCAUUUAACACCGUGACCCUGACUGGAUAAAAGUUACAUCGCCAACUGAGCAAGCCAUCCAGCAAACUAGGCCAGUCAAGCUCAACUGUAAUUACAGUCCCUCAACGAAGCUGAGUUGCCGUGUAAAACUGCAUUUAUUUAUUUAUUAUUAUUUUUUUUUGCUUUUUAGAAAAUGGAGAAGAGUCAAUGAUAUAUAGGCGAAGCCCAGGUUGGUACACUGCUCGAUGAGCAGCGGAUGAUUAUUCAUUUCAACUAAUCAAUUUAAAAGCUGUCCCUUUUGUUCACCUGUGAAUUCGUGGCAUACAAUUUUUUUAGACAUUGAUUUCACGACUGUUAAUAUAGUUUGUCCUUUUUUUUAGAAUGCAAGGAUAUAUCACAUAAAUGUAAAACGGCUUACAGGCGCAUGUGUCAUCACACCUGAGUGAACUAGUUAUGUCGAUCUUCCUGUAGAAAUUGUUAAAUGAAAAACAAACCUUCGGUAAGUACCUUUUUUAUCAAGUAAAGGUGUUCAUCUCAACAGGAAUGAAAGUAACCUUUUCUGUGGAAUGUUUGACUUCAGUGUAAAUUAAAGUACCAAGUUUUUCUCUUGCUUGGAAAUUUAAUGGCGGUUUCCCGUGAGUUGACUCAAGAAGUGUUGCAGUUUGGACUUUCAAUUUGAAUCGCUAAUAACUUGUAUCGCUGGUUAAUUAAAUAAAUUGAAAAAAAAAAAUUGCAGGAAAAAAAUGCCCGUGUAGAGUAGCCUGUUAAAAGAAGGCUUGUUGGCUGAGAGAGCGAAAGACUUUCUAAACAAGAAGUCGUAUCUGGUAACCAUAGCAGGUAACUGUCAUUGAGAUGUGUUCCAGUGCCUUCUUACCAAUAAAUCGGAGUUACGGUGUGAAAAAAAUAUAUAUAUAAAUUAAUGACGAGAUCUAAUGCUAGGAAGGGUUAAAAAACGGAUGCAUGUCUUAAACAUACUCCUAGGUAUAUGGUGGCAAAAUACGAACAGUUACUAGUGUUGAUGAUGGAGGAACUAGUUUGAAAUCUUCCGCUCAAGAACAGUGAAGAACUGAGCUCAUGUUCAUGCUGUAUGUGCAUUCAUUUAUAAGCUUUUCUUAUAGGAUAAAAUUAUUUUGGAAAUGCUAAUAAACGUAAAUCCAUAAAUUCUCUUGGUCUUAUCGUUCGCGGUUUAACCUUUGGGUCAUUAUUGUAUACCCGUAUUUUAAGAAAAUUGCCUGUCUUUAUUUUGCAGAAGAAGACCAACUCUAAUUCCUGGUUCACCGUGAUGUUUAAAAGAAGAAUAGAACCACGCUUCAACGUAAACCUGUGAAAUACUGAUUUACAAAUUGAUUGAAUGUAUGAAUAAAGGAAGCUAAAGAAAAGUAUUUGUAGAUGUAGGAACUACUUUGUGGUGAACUUCAUGACUGUCCUUCUGAGUGGAUUACCCUAAAAUCAACAAAGAAAACCGAAAACGUCCAAAAAAAACUAAAAAUUUUCUGCUAUAUGGUAAACACAAUAUUUGUUGUUGUAAAAACAACACCGGAAUUUGAGUAGACACUGAAUCUGAGGACUUUCUCAUUUGGGGGCGAUCUGAUCAAAAUGAUUUCAAAUGGUACCAUUAAAAUAGAUAUUGUUAAAUAUGGAGAAACGAGUGAGUGUUUCCAUUUUCUCAAGUCCCGUAUGACGCACAGAUGUGCAAACUCAGGAAUAAAGCCUGCAAAUCAGGGGUAAAGGUAGUGAAUGUCAUGGUCCAUACUACUGAAGGCCAUUUCCGUGUUCCAAAGCCCUAACUUUCAAAACAAGGCUUCCCUCCUUUUUUUUUUGUUUUUUUCUUCUUUAAAUGAAUGACGCCUCUUUUAUUACGUAAAUAAAUGAAAAAAAAAUUAAUUGUAGACAGCAGAAUUACGCUCAAAAAGGUCUUGACUAUCUAACGGUGUAGCUUCUAUCAGUUUCAUACUGAUAUCUUGUGCACAAAUAGGAAGCUCAAUGUCUCAAGAAUUAUUCAGUUACAGUCGACUCCCGAUAACUCGAACGUUCAAGGGAAAUGGAAAAAAGGUUCGAGUUAUCGGGAGUUCGAAGAAAAUAGCCGCGAGUAAGGCAAAAAACUAACAUUUAAUUGCAGAAAUGUCAAGAGAAAAUUAAAAGAUACUUCUAGAUUAUAAAUCAGAACGCAACGUAACAGAACAUAUCGUACUGAAAUAGAGCAUGCGUUUUACUGUUUUGAAAAGAAAAGCUGCUUCCCGUUAGCCUGUGACAAUUAACGUCAGCCUCCACUAGUAAACUAUAGUCCUACAACACGUCAAUGGGAAAUCCAAAUUCAAUGUUUCAGACGCCCGUAGACGGCUUUUUUCCCGACUUUUUCAGGGCUCAAACCAUGGUUUGAGUUAUCGAGGGUAAAAUUAUUUAGAAAAUGACCUGAGGGGAAACGAAAAUUGGUUCGAGUUAGCGGGAGUUCGAGUUAUCGAGGGUUCGAGUUACCGAAGUUAAAAUUAAAGUGAAUGUAUGACGGAAAUGCAGGAGAGUCGAAAUCGAUUUUGGUUCGAGUUAGCGCCAGGUUGGAGUUAGCGAGUGUUCGAGUUAUCGGGAGUCAACUGUAUUUUGUAAUCCAAAGACUCAAACCAAAUGCAAAAACUGCAUGAAAGAAAGUUACACUUGGUCUGUUUAUAACCCACUGUAACCUUUGCUUAUCUUUUACACGGCUCCUCAGCCUAGUUCUCGAUUCUUGAGCUUAGUAUUGCGUGCUGCAAAAUGUUCCAGUUUAUCGUUUUUUUAAUGUUUUCCAAUUAAAAAUAAUAAAAUGAACAGAUCCAGACGGUUUUUAAAUUAAGUUUUCAAUAUGUAUUUUAACUUUUCAAAGUUGCUCCUUAGAAGUAAGUUGAAACACUCCUACCGACAUUAAAUUAGCAAAUUAGAGUCAUGUUCGCUCGUUUGAACUGCUACCACAGGAAAGAAAAUGUUGAACCUAUAGAUAAUAGCUAACAGUGUGUGUCUGAGUAAAGACUACCUCGAUUAGGUAUGAGCAGCUGCAUCAUCAUUCAGAGGACGUCAUUGUUAAAUCCUACUACAGGUCGUAAUUCCUUUUUGUUUAUAUUACUAGCUAGCUCAACGAAAUAUUGACACGACUGUGUUUUGCAGAGUUGAUGUUCAGCUGUGCAGUUUAGUGACGGCUUUUAACGGUGUUUAAAAAUAUGAUUUAUAUAAUAAAAGGAUAUGUUGAAGCAAUAUCGUGCAUUCAGGAAAAAAUGAUUAUAAAAAGAAAAUUUGAGAGACAAAAAUAAUAAUAAUAAUCAAUCAAUCAAUCACCCAUCUAAGACGUUCUCACCUCAACCAAUUUCAUCAAGCCGUGAAGAAUAGCUGUUCCACCUUCCUUCUAUAGCUAGUAUCUUCUACUUCUACGGGAUUGAAAGACUGCCACGGAAAAUUCUUACGUCUAGCAAUAUUUCUUUUGCUAAGCAGCAGACUUAAUGGAGUUCCAAACGAUUAGUAUUUAAAUACAGAAUUAAUGGGUUGGUACUUUUGUGAUUGAGAAAGCCAAGAAUGGUUAUUUGAAGCAAAAUUAGAAGAAUUAUUAAUAGAAAGUGAUAUUCCUUUUGAUAGCGCACCUACUUGGAUGGUCAGCGGUGGUGAAAACAAGAUGGCCGCGAUUUUUCUUCGUGCGACACUCUAGGGAAAUUUUCAACAUUUUACUUAUUAUUUUUAUUAUUAUUAUUAUUAUUUUUUUUUUAAAUAGUGGAAACUUUAUUAAAAAACUAUUAAAAUCCUAUUUACAAUUAAUUCGCUUAAAAAAAAAAGAAAAAACUAUUCAUUCAAAAACACUAUUUACAAUUUCUGUCGAUUUAAAAAGCACUUACUUUAGCUUAUUUUUCUGUUGUGUAAGUCUGUCUAAUUACAAUUGUGGAAGAACUACGAGCGACAUUUGACGAAAAGCUUGCUCCUUUAAAAGUUGAGAUUGCCGAGCUUAGAUAUUUUAUUGAAAAUGCAAACCAAAUUACGGUCAAGUUCUGAAGAAACUCACUGAGCAAGAAAAGGAAUGUAAAGAAAUAAAAAAUAAUUGAUGAUAAGAUUAAAGCUUGUUCUCUUUCUCAAUUUAAAUCAAAAUCAAGACAAGAUUAUCUUUCGCUGCACUAAUAUUGGCAAUUAUCUUGUACUUCGCAACUUCCAUCCUACUUUUUCACUCUUCUUACAGUACUACUUGCUAGUGUGUGUGUGUGUAUGUGUGUGUGUUUAUGUGUAUACAGUCUGAUAUGCUGCCAUAUUGUGCCCCGCACCAUGAACUUACCUAAAUUAUCUUACUGAAUCUGGCUUCUUGGAAUUUUUAACUUAUUAGUUAUUUCAGGAAUUUAUUACCCCUUUUAGCUAACUGAUUAAUUUAACAACUUGUAAAUAACUAUAAUAUUCUGCUUUGGGUACAAUAAAAAUUUUUCAAAAUUAGUUCUUUUCUUUGUUGUUGUUGUUCUACUUGACGACGAUAUCGUAUAGCCGAGUGCUUUACUUUUCACUAUUGAUACCAAUUGAUACCAAUUCAAUCUUUGAUUUGUGAUUUGUGCAAGAUCAUGUAUUCAAGAUCAAUUUUAAUAAAUGAAGAUUAAUACUUAGUUAUUAUUAUCAUUAAUAAUAAAAAUGAUACGACUACUACUAAUAAUAAUAAAACAACAAUUGCCUUCAUGCUUGUACCUUUCAGUAGCAAUCAGUUUUUAGGAAGAACGUAUAUUUACUUUAAUUGCAAGAAGAAUUUCUUUGAGUGAAUAAACACAGAUCGAGUCGACAUUUUCAGCUGAAUAACCAGCACUACUGCCCCACAAAAACUUGAGUUAACCCUUUCCAAAACGUUAUAUUCAGCUGCAAUUGAUGAUUGACGUAACAAACAAAAGAAAAAAGUCAUUCAAUUCGAAAGGGAUUUUUAAAAAAGCGGAGGAAAGUUAUUCAGAGUUUUUGUUAAAGAUUUACUAAAAUGAGAUUAAUCUAGUGCAUUUGCAAACGGGCAUAAAAAUAAAGCCAAAACAAUGAUAUGUUUUUAUCACCUUUGCUGAUAGCUAAAGAUUCCCUUCUUCCAUUAUAGCUAGAAAAAAUAGCAGAAAGGCUUUCUCGACAUGAAAGAAAAGAAACGUUUGGCCAUCCGAUCAUGAGUUAACGGAAGAUCAAAUUGAUGUUUUCUCUUAGAACAAAAACGUUAUUAUUCACUACCGAGCACAUGUCAAAUGGUAAAAAGCUGUUUACAAGUGUUUUAAAAUAAGCACUUGUAUACAUCCAUUUAAGCGCUUGUUACUUUGAGAAUUGAAGCAGCAGGUGAUAAAACCCUGAUAAAACAUCAGAUCCCAUAAAAACAGGUCCGCGCAAGAGCUAGUCAAUACUCUCUGGAGAUAGCAUCCUCAAAGAUGAACCUCUGGAUCGGAAUUUCAGUCUUCCUGCUUGGAAUUUCAAGCUCUCAAGGUAAGAUGCAGCCAACUAAUGCUUCCUAUCGAAGGAAUCUUGUCAAAUUCUGUAUGAAUGUUUUCUGUUUUUCAGUAACCUUUUAACUUUUGUAACGAGGAAAAAUGUAUUUGAAAUGACGAAUUGUAGAGGUACCUACCUGAUUCGAUUUCUUUCGGUGUGGAUGUCUGGGAUCCUUUUGGAUUCCCUCUCAAGAAAAAUCUCAUGAAAUCUUGGUCUAAAUGCAAUCAAAUGUUCCUUCAACAAAUGUUAAAAAUUCAUAAAAAGCAGAGCACAUUACAGGAGAGACUUUCCCUACGAGCCCCUUAUGACAGAUACUCCCUCCUUCUCGAAAAAUGCCUUAGAUUGGACUAAAAUUAGUCAAGGACUUUUUGGUAUCAUCCCACACGUACCCCUUGAUUUUUUUCAGUCCGAACCGUUCCGGUUACCUGAAGGUGAUCGCCAUUUACAUCUUCGCUCUUGCUAAUAACCGUGAGCACGCCAUGCGACAAUUGCUCUCAUAAGCCUCUUCUUACCAAGCGGGGUCCAGGCCCCAGAUGAUAAUUGAGAAUCGCUAUUAAUAGCUUGCAUGGUUCAAAAAAUUUUCUUGGUGUUUUAGGAAUUUGACUCCAUGUAAAACUUGGCUCUCUUUUUCCCACUGAGGGGCAAUUAGACCCCAACAAUAAAAACAAAAGCUGCAACAGCAAUAGCAACAUAAACAAAAAAACAAGCAAACAAACAAACAAAUACAUCUAUGCAUCUUAUACCACAGUUGAUAUUCCCCUCUCCUAUCACGUGUCUCCCGCGUGAAUUCUCGCCACUGCCCCCAAUAAAGAACUGGUUGCGAAAUGACACACCUAUUGACAUAAAUUGGCAACCAACGUAAAAAUCCUGAAAAUGGCACAAAUGUCCAAUAUCAUAAACCUUUCUGCAAGCAAAGUUAUAAUUUGACUUAGUAAUACUUAGUAAUGUAGAUUCCUCUUUCGCUGAAUACUCAAUACUCAUUUAAUAUGUGCAUCUGAAUAAACAGCUUUUGCAGGCUUUCAGAAAAUGCUAAUUUAACGCUCACUUCUUUUUAGGACUCAAUGCCAACUUGAGAAAUCAAAACUAGCACAGUCAGACUAAUCACCUAAAAUUCUGACAUUCUUUCAACUGCUAUAUCAAAAUGACAACAACAUCAACAACAAUAGCAACGUUACAGCAGCGUCAUGUUCAAGUUGAAAUGGGUUAACGUUACUGCUGAAUUAGUAAUUUCAAUCAGGUGCUUCAAAAAUAAACUACUUCUUGAUAGCAAACGAUUGUCCUGUCUUAUUAUCACAGACACAAACUUUUGCUUCCAAUGAUCUGAGUCAAUGGACGAAUAAAUCAAUGUUGACAUUGCAAUUACAAAACAGCUGUACCCGAAAGGAAGUCUAAUGAAUUUAAAGCUCGUCUCUUUUCAGAACUCAAAGCCAAGUUGAGAAGGUAAAGCUAGCACAGUGUAUGGCAGUCUAUAAUCUCCUAAAACUCUAACAUUCUUCCACUGGCGAUAUCAUCAAACAACAUGGCAACUGCAACAAAAACAACAACGUUACAACAGCGUCAUGUUCCACAAAAUGGCUUUUCACGGAUGUUAAAUUGACAGAGUUUGAUCAAAUACAUUUUUUAAAACAAAGCAUAAAAGUUUCUCUGAAAAUUGCGAAAACUCUGAGCCUCCAGGGAUACCUAAAAUGGGUCGCUGCUGUUAGCAUUUUCAAUCAGGCGUAAAAAGUUGUACUUGCUAGCUGAAACGAUUGCCCUGUUUUACUGUCACAAAAACAAACGUUAAUGUUUGCCAUGCAUGAUCUGAGUGCGUGAAUAAACGACAAAAUUGAUGUUUACAAUGCCAUUACAAAAAAGCUGUACCCGAAAGGAAGCCUAUUGAAUCGACGCUCAUGAUCCGCUAACAUUUAAACAGGGGCACCCGACGAGAAUAUAGUUCAAAACCACUUAUUUUAGUAUUUAAACGAUAGACAUAGGCAUAUUUUUAUCCCCUAAAAUUUUUUCAUCUGUUCGGAUUUCCUAGCUGAAAGUCUUGUGAUCCAAGUUAUAGGGAUCAAAACUUACCUUUACGAAAAUUUCAGCCAGAAAAAAGGUUCCCGAAAAUUCUAGGUGAUCUUUUUAGCGUAAAAUCUGUUAAAAAUGGGCAAUUAUACCAUUUUUUGAUGGUUGGAAAAUGCUAGGAGAGGCAGGCAAGCAAGAAAUUUACAACAAAUGUUCCGAAAAUUCUAGAUCUCAAAUCGUCUUCCAAACAGAUAUUUUCCAAAAAUUGUCGUUGGGUACCGCUGUUUAAAAGACCGCCUAAGAGUCCCAUUCAAACGAUUGUAAAUACGAAACCUUUAGAGAAGAUAACAAUGAAACAGGUGAGACCGCUGAUAAAACAUUACUCUCUAUAAAACAACUAUGUACUUGAGAUUUUAAGCACUUUCUGAAGAUGAAGUUCUGGAUCGGACUUUCAGUCUUCCUGCUUGGGAUUUCAAGCACCCAAGGUAGGAAACAGACCCAACUACUGAGUGUACAAAAUGUUAUAAACGCGUAUAAGUUUUCGAUUAUAUGAAUUUUUCUGUCACUUAUCCCUGGUAAACAUGCAUUGGCUGACCCCUUUUUUCCCUCCCCGAAUUUCCUUUUUUGCUGUUUGUAGCUGAUGAAAUCACACUCUUUUUCUUCAAAUAGACAAGGAAGGCACACAUCCACAAUGCCCAAUUUCGAUCAGUUUAUGUUUUUUUGACAUUUUUAUGCAGUUAUUUAUUUUAUAAUGCCACAUUUUAAAAAAAGCGAUUUCGUUUUUCUCGCCAAAACUUCUAAAGAGCGAUUUUGCUUUAUUUUAAACACAUUUUAGGCUGCGGAAACAAGCCAUAUUCUGCGCGAGUGGUGAAUGGAGAAAAUGCCUCCCCACACGCCUGGCCUUGGCAGAUUUCUCUAAGAGUGAAUGGUCGCCAUAUUUGUGGAGGAUCUCUAAUCAAGAAUGAUUGGGUCGUCACAGCGGCUCAUUGUGUAGAUCGAAAUCCUAGACCAAGUGGCUAUACUGUCGUUGUAGGUGAGUAUUUUUGUUUCUGUUUCUUUUCUUCUCUUUUUUUUAAUUCCCGCUUCUUAAAAUGAGUGAUACUGGUCACAAACGUUUUUCAACCGAGUUUAAGGCAUAACACACCUUGUGUUUAUGAGCCAGACUUGUAAAAAAAUAAACUUUCUUUACUCCCGUUCCUGCAGCUUGUUGUUAUCAUUAUUAUUUUUCUUUCUUUCUUUCUUUCUUUCUUUCCUUUUUUCUUUCUUUCUUUCUUUCUUUUUUUUUAAUUAUUAUUUUUAACUAUGCGAAGGCUAAGCUUUUUUUAUUAUUAUUUUUGCGGGUAAAAGAAAUCCCGGUUAACUUAACAACCUCACUUACGUUACAAAGAAACGAUGAAAAAAUAUAUUAAUAACACCACUAAUAUGGGGAUUGUAAAUGCAAUUUAUGUAGGGGCCUAUCAGCGAACUGGAUCAACUGCUGUUCAGAAAACCUUUCGUCUAAAAAAGCUGUUCAAACACGAGCAGUUUAGCAUGAGACAUCUGAGAAAUGAUAUCGCCCUACUGCAACUGGCAGGAUCAGUUUCAGUUAGUUCUAAAGUAAACACUGUGUGUUUGCCGUCAUCUGGAAGCAGGAUACCUGCAGGAAGACAAUGCUAUAUAACAGGUACUCCAGUUCGAAAUUGGUUGUGACUAGAAUACAUUAAAAUCAGGUACAGUACUAGUGAUUAGGGUAAAUCACUGUUUUAAAAACGGUUAGCGUUUAAUAAUAUAACAAUCAAUGCCAUGUAAAGUACGUUAAAAUUAAUCUGCAUCGGCAGUCAGCCCAUGAUGGUUUAGAGGAUACGGAUGUGGAUUAUACAUCAAAUGUGCGGGUUCAAGUUCAACAUACUACCUAACUUUUUCUUCCGUUUUGUUUCUUCUCUUAUUUACCACAUUAAGUUAUGAGAGUCCUAUCAUGUAUUUUGAGUGAAGAUGACAGUCUGACUUUAGGAAAUCCAUUCUAGUCACAACCGUUCGAAAUUUAACUUCACUUAAAGUAACUGAAUUGCGAAGGUGCUGUCUUAGGGCCUGUUUACAUGAAGGUGGGGGACCCCAGGUAGAUGAGGUAAUCCGAGGGAAGGUCACCCCUACUAUCAUAUAAGCUUGAUCAAAUUAAAAUGAGAGAUUAUAUGGACCAGCGGGUUACCUCACCUAUCAGAGGUUCCCCAGCUCCCUUCCCUCUCUUCCCAUGUAAGGUUAACCAGACACCUGAAUCCGAGAAUUUUUGCUUUUAGAAUCUGGAAUCCGUUUUGUCAUCUAUUUCCAUUCAUUGCUUCGAUUUUAAUUGUCUUAUUUGACUGUAAUUCUAACAAACAACGUACAAUGUUUCUUUUUUUUUUUUUUUUUUUGGCCCAGGACAAUCAUAGACUUUCUCAAAGCUUCUGCUUACUUACGUCACUCGUGUAAGUCGUGACUUCUUCGUUCGCUUUCUCUCUUCGCGAGCGUUCCUCGCGCCUUCAGCGCUUUCCCGAGGCCGACUAAUGACAAGUCUAAAAUAUACCCAACCUUUUAACCUUUAUAAUAACGACUAAGUAACUGAAUAACUGAAUACGUAGAAAACAAACACAGCCACAUCAAAUGCAUUUAUGAUAAUUUUCUUCAGGGUGGGGACGCACCGUCGGUGGAGGUUCAGCUGCUGAUGUUCUACAGCAGGCCAUGUUGCCAGUUGCAGCUCAUAGCGCCUGUAGUCGAGUCAACGGAAGGUUACUUCCUGUUGAUGAGAAAUCGAUGGUGUGUGCUGGAGGGCAAGGCAAGGGUGGAUGUCAGGUAGAUUGACUAUAGUAUAUUCCUGAUUUUAACUCUUUAUUUUGACCAUACGUCUGAAUAAUGGAGGAGUGAACGCUCUCAAUCGAUAGGAGAAUUUUUUUAAUCAUUUAUGCCUCAAUUUCCUCCUUAAAAGGGAGACAGCGGAGGUCCUUUUGUGUGCAAUGAAGGUGGCAGAUAUGUGUUACGAGGUGCUGUUAGCUGGGGACAUUCAAUGUGCAGGACUGAUCACUUUACCGUGUUCGCUCGUGUGAGCAGUUUCAUAAACUGGAUUAACCAGAAGAUAUCAGGUACCCGAACAAUGUUAUCUUAGUUUUUCGUUUCGCUAAAAUGAUUUGCCGAAAAUUCUAAGCUAUCUGAAGAAAAAAAAAAAAAAGAAUGAUGAUAUUUAACCCUUUUAGCCCUAAGAGUGAUCAGCAUCAAAUUUUUCCUUAUAAUAUCAAUGCUUUGUAAAACAGAGUGGUCAUGAGAAUUACGAACCGGCAUGAUCACACAUUACAAGAAAAAUUUGCUUGAUAUUUUAUUAACUUCUCUCCACUACUUCUAUAGUAAAUGAAGAUAGGUGACAAAUGAGAAUUUUGAUUUUUAUCUUAUGGUUUAAAGGGUUGACUAGAAACUAAGAUUGGUUUUCCCCUUCACAGGUGGAGGAGGCGGAGGAAACGGUGGAAGUGAGUUGAAAUGAAAAUACUCCAUAAUUAUAAAAUGAUGAUAUUAUUACAGGAGAAAAAUAUUUGUUGUUGCUAUAUCCCUCUAAUUUUUCCCCACAUCCUUAUAUUCUCAACUCUUCUUCUUAUAUACAUGUAUCCUACUUCUACAAUCCUUGUCAUCAUCCUUAUUAUAAGUAUCAUCAUCAUCAUGUCCAUCAUCAUUACAAUUAUCAUCGUUAUAUCAACAUAAGAUCCUUUAACAUUUAUACAUAAAUCAUACCUAAUAAAUUUACAGAAUACUCAAUAAUUCAUUUAUAAUUUAUUACUAGUCAUUGGACAAUCAACUUUUUCUUUAUGUUUUCUAUUCAUGAUCACUUAUAAAAUUACUCUAUUUUAUCAUAUAGACACAAGUGUUUUACUGGAAAAUAUACCACUCGUAAAAUUCAUAAAAACUACAUCCGAUACCCAAGUGGUUUAUUUUCCAUAAUUUCACACGUGAGUUUAUCGAUGACGUAAUUUCGGUAAUUUCCCUCUAUUAUUUAUUUUAUCGAUGUCUUCUUGUCUAUAUAAUAAAAAGAACAUUACACGGCGGCUUGAAGAAAUGAAUUUUAUUUCCUUGUGGCAAAAACAAUAUUUUGCGAACGAACGCAGCGAGUGAGUAAAAUAUUGUUUUUGCCACGAGAAAAUGAAAUUCGUAUCUUCGCUCCACCGUGUAAUAUUCUCUUUGUAUGCUUUUCUUUAUUUAUACAAGUAUGUUUGAUUAAUAAAAAAAAUCUAAUUCAAAGAAGAAAUCCCGCCUAUAAGACUUCAUGGCUUGUUGAGACUUUCUCGCUUUUUGUAUUCUUUUUAGCUUCGUGUUAAUUUCAUGUAAUUUUUUAUUAUUUCCUUUCAUUUCUAUGUAAAAAGGCAUUAAAAAUCAAUAAUCAAUAAUAAUCAAUUAUCAAUAUCAGCAUCAGUAUCUGUAUUAUUAUCACUAUCAGUAUUACCAUCAUCAUCAUCAUUAUCAUUAUCAUUAUCAUUAAUACUUGUUUAUCAUUUUCAUAACAUUUUUCCUCUGGUCCGUGGCACUUUUUUCGUGUAUAGAUUGUGUGGAUAAAAAUCCAAAUUGCCGUCAGUGGACACGCUACUGCUCUUAUCACCAAUAUGUGAGGGCGAAUUGCAAGAAGACGUGCAAAUUGUGUUAAAACGUGAGUUCCAACGAAUUUUCAAUAUUGAGUUCCGAAGAAUUAUACUGUAAAUAAGUGAAUCAUGAUUUAUAGGGAGCAUGUUGGUAAAUUAAUUAAAAAACACUGAGUGUUGUACCGUUUUACAAGGAAGUUAGUACUUUUUUCAUAUCUUUUUUUUUUUCAAAGAACCUACUUCCUACCAGCGAGAAACGUCGACUGUUUACAGUUAGAUUACAGCAAGGCUUUACCUCUUUUGUUUACAGAAAAAAACGAGACUUAAGGCUAGGGAAUUUAGCUUAUAGGUGUGGUCUGCAUAUUCAGUUAGCCUCAAUUAUAUUUUCGAAGAAAUAUCAUUAUUUUGCUUUAUUCAUUUUCAGGUUAUCCUGCCUGCAAUCAAGUAUAAAACCUUUACCAUCACCACUACAUUGUACAAGUAGCCAAGGAAUAGCACAAUAAAAGUAUCAUUUAAAAACGCGAUCGUGUUUGGGUUUUGUCAGUGACUUUAAAUGGUGUUUUCCUUUUAUUCCCCUUCUUUCUUUAUAACGAACAAAAUGAAUAAGCAAAUUAAAACCUCCAGUCGAAAUUAAAUGCUGACCCUCCAGUGUAAGUUUAAAAUAUUUGUCAUAUCUGAGUGACGGCAGUUUCAGCUGCCGAAUUUGCAGGGAAUGAAUGUUGAAAACAAACUAACGCCAAAAAAAUCAGUAGAACAUAGGAAACAAUAUAUGCAGCAAGAAAAAAAACGUUUGAUUUCGUAAUUACCGGUGGUUGUUUUACUGAAUUAUCCUCUGUUUGAAUUUUUAGAAUAUUUUCCCCUUCCCCUGGUUUUUCAAUUCCAGUUCCGGAUAUUCUUCAGCAGUCAGAAAUCAGUGAAGAUCAGCUGCAAUAGUGAGAUUUGAAUUACCUUGAAACGUUUUGACGGUUAAUAAUGCUCUGCAGUUUUGACGGUUGACGAUAAAAAAUAACCUUUUUUGACGGUUUAAUGUUAAAUUUUAAGUCGUUUGACGGCUGAAGGUUGAGACCCUCCGUAUCGUGAGGCUGCUGUACAUUACACUUCUGUCUUCCUGAAGAGGGUCUGGAAUGGCAUUCUCAGGAUCCGGUAGUUGACCCGAAAUUUAGUACGAGAUUUAAAAAAAAUGCAAAAUUCAUCGGCGGGAUAAAGGAUUUGACCUCUACUGCGGAGAGCAAGAUUGGUCAAAACCUUGGUAUGGGAUGCAAUAUUGGGAGGAAACGGCAUUCGGGAUAGAAAUGGCAGAAGUUCGGAAUGCGCUGGAUAAGGUCAUGAGGUCAUGAGGUCAACUGUUCAGUAGAGAAACAUACACUGAUGGAUAUACAGUGUGCACGUGGUGGCUGUUUGACUGCUUUAACAGGGUUUUCAAAUGUAAGAAAACGUUUGUCCACUUCGGCGGGACUGUAUAGAUCAGGUCGCCGUAUGGCAGGGCUCCCUCUUGAAUUUUGUCUAUCUUGUAACGAUUUCUGGUAAUUUCCAAAUGGAAACAUGACGAAAUAUAUAACUAAAACGUUAACUGCGUCACACGUAUUUCCCAGGCCACCCAACAAACGUUUUUCGAUUUCAAUAACCUCGGACAAAAAUUCGACGUGCACCCGGUCCCUCACAUGAGGACCAGGGUGGUUAAACCUCCCCACCAUCUCAGUUUUUGUUUCUGCUGCGUCAGCAAGUCUCGAAAAUAAUAAAAUAAUGGAAAGUUUAUUUGUGUUUUUAAAUGUACAAUUGUAAAUCUCGCUACGUAUAGGCAAUUUACAAAUGCUGCUUGAGAUUGGAUUAUUAAAAUGAAAAACAAAAAAACAAAAAAACAAAAACAAAAACAAAAACAAAACAAAACAAAACAAAAGCCAAAAAAAAAGUCAAAAUUGCAAUAAGUCUGGGCUAUCCCAGUUCCUAUUUCUACAACAAAAGAUGCAAUAUGUUGCUCUAAUGGCUAUAUUUAUCAUUUUCUUGAUUAUAUAACGUUGCUGCUUCUUGUCAAUGCCAAUGUCAUUCAUCAUGUCUAAGAACAUGGAGCAUAAUAAUGAUAAUAAUGAUAAUAAUAAUAAUAAUAAUAAUAAUAGUAAUAAUAAUAAUAAUAACAAUAAUAGUAAUGAUGAUGAUGAUAAUGAUGAUGAUAACAAUAUUAUUGUUAUUAUUAUUAUUAUUAUUAUUAUUAUUAUUAUUAUUAUUAUUGAUACUAAAAGCAUUGUCAUUGACGUGCUCAAAAUGAUAGCGUUUAUUUAUAUUGACACUACUCAGACGAGGGAAUUCCUUCAAAAAAAAUAAUAAAGUUCAAUACCCUUGAUAAGCGCUUAAGCUAUGACCAUCAAUGUUCGCAAAUUUCCUAAAAUUCAUCGGAGUGAAAUUUUAAAGUCGUCGUGACGUGUAAAUUGACAUUUAGUCAAUAACUGUUUAUUGGGUCUUUGGGUCUUUUUUCAUUUAUUACAUAAUCAAAAUGAUGAUGGAAAAUAAAAAUAAGAUCAAGCGAGAACAGAGAUAACAGCUCACAACAAAAUAAAGCUUCAUUUUCAUGUUCUUUAUUCCAUCCACUUAAAACACAUUCACGCAUGAGCAUUUGAACUAGUACUACUAGUUAGUUUUAUUUCAAAUUAUUAUUUUUUUUUUAUCACCACUUUUGGGAGGCUUUGGACUAUUUAUCGACUUGUUUAUGUUUAAUUUAUCUCAAUUUUCUUACAAACAACUACGUUUACACAAAUCGUUUUGCUGGUUUAGAUCAUUAAUUAGGUCGUUCAGUGUUGGGCGAGUUUCGUUUUUUAAUAGGUGAAGGUUCCGUUUGUUGUCCGUCCUAGACUCUUGUCGACUUAUCCUUAAAAAGAUUGUAAAUAAAGAAUCAAUACAGCGAUACCAGCUACAGUGGAACCACGAUAUAACGAAGAGCUAAGGGACUGGCAAAAGUUGUUCACUACAACGAGGUUUACACUGGUAAAACUGGACUUUUUACAGAUAGAGAUAGUAAAAUGUUCAUAAAUUGAAAAUUUAUAGACUAUUUUUUAUGAGAGUACAAAUCUUGCCCUCUUUUAAUUUCGUUAUAUCGAGGUUCUUUUCUAUAUAUAUUACUAUUACUGGGGUAAAGAAAAGUGUUGCUUAUUCCAAGUGCUUGCAGCAUACUGUAGGAGGGAAGUGCAUAGCCACCUGCUUACAGACGGGCCUUUCAUAGAUUGUGCUACUAAAAGUAGUAUAUUAUGCCUGUAGCACUGCUCUUUUUUUGGCCAAAUUAUGUUAAAAUUAUGCUGGUUGUUCCAAAUUAUGCAAU